CCCGUCUGGCAAGACGCGCGCGCGCGGAGAGGCAAGCGCUGUGCGGCGUGGCAGUCAAGGGUUGCGCGCCCGCACGCGCGUGUCCUGGGAGGAAACCGGGAGCGCGCCGCCGUGCGUGUGGCCAGAGCUCUCUCUCUCUUUCUCACUCCGCCCGGCCGCCUGAUUCUCGCUCCUCCCCUUUCGGUCCCUUCUCCUCCCUGGCUCGCGCCCCACCUACUCCACCCGUCUCCGUUUUACCAGGCAGGCGCAGGCGCGCGCGCAAGAGUCUCCCAGCGCCAAGCCGGCAUCUCCGAGCAAGCAGCAGCAGCAGCAGCAUCUUCCCCUCCCCUCCCGCCUCGCCUCCUCUCUCUCUCUCGCUCCCUCCCCUACCUCCUCGCCUUCAGGCCCCGCGCCGAAUCCUAGCUCUCAGCGCGCGCGCCUUGCCUCUGCGCUCGCCCUCCCUUUUUCUGUCCCCGCAUCUCCUCCUCCUCCUCCUCUUCUGCCAACAUCCCCGGCGUCCCGGGCUGUCUUGCAAAUGGAUUUGCCCGCGAGCCACUGCAAAAAAGUCAAGCUGAGCAACAAAGUGCAGAGUUGGGUAAGUCUGUUUUUUUUUCCUUUUUGAAGCUAGCUGCAGUUUGGCAAAAUAGCACACCUGGUGAGAGGAAGGUGGCCCCUUCCCAAGGAAGAAAACAGUCCAAAGAGAAAAGAGGAAGGGGGGAGAGGGAUGCCUCCCUGCCGGGAUGCGGCUUUGCUUGAGCAACCUUUUGGCGUGGUGGUUUUUGCUGCUGGCUGCCGGAGGCUCGAGUGAGGCGAGCGCAGUGGCUUGCAGCGCCUCUCUCUUUGCGUUUGCACAAGAUGGGGCAGGCUUGGGAAGUGGGUGGAGGAAAUAACGCAGGCUGCUUGGGAUACGAAGCCUUCCUCGCUCGGCGGGAGGAUCGCAUUUCAAUAGAUUCCACUGACGUGUCUGCAUUUUUUUUUUUGCUUUGAGGGAGGGAAAAAGAGAGGAAGGCAAUUCAUCUCUUUGCUCUCCUUGCUGCAAAUGUCUCUGGUAUAGCCUGUCUUUAUGAAUGAAGUUAAAUAUGCCAGUUCUCUGUUGCUAAGAGUGGCCUUAUAGUGCCGUGUUUGCUUUAAAAGUUGUGGGUGGCAAGCAUAACUGUGAUGCAGAGGAGCAUGUAACCUCAUUCAGCAUCACCCCCCCUCUUUUCCUCCUUUUUCUUCAUGUCUAUUGGAGGAGGAAAGGAGUGGGAUCUCAAGAGUACAAUGUGAGCAUUCAUAAAUCUUGGGCAGCCCCAACACUGAAGUUCUUUGUGGGUUGCCUGUUGAAUGAGAGCACUGUGGAAGGAGGCAUGAACAAACUUGGGUUUUAAUUGCAAAGGUGCCAACAGGUCAAUUUACAGUGCUGGCCAAAGGCUAGGAAACUACUGGGGGCAGUGGUGGAAAGAGGCCUUUGCUAGAAAAGAGGUGGUGGGUUUUGAUGGCAUAAUUAAUAGCUGUAAUUAUUGGGGGGGGAGAGCUAUGUUGCUUUCUUAAUGCAUGAUUCUAAAAGCUUUAUCAUGAUACUUUUCAAAUGGAAGAAGAAAUUUAAAAGGUGUCCUUUACCUACUUCAUCUCAAAGAUUAUGCUUUAGAAAAAAGACUGGUCUUGUGAUGUGUGAUGAACAUUCAUUGUGAGACCCAGAAUCUAGCCAUGUGAACAUAGGAACUGCCCGAUACCACCAAGCCAGUGGUCCAUCUGCCUCCGUAUUGUCUACACUGACUGGCAACAACUCUCCAGGGUUUCAGAUGGGGAAGUUUUCCCCAUCCCUUUCUGGAGAUGCUGAGGAUUGAACCUGCGACCUCCUUCUUGCAAAAUAGAUGCUCUUCUACUCUGCUAUAUCCCUUUCUAAAGGGCUAUCAAGGGUGGGGUUGGGCAGUUAAGGUGAUGCAGAGAGCAUGUUAUUGGUGGUUAGAAUUCCUUGAUGGUCUGCCUUCAGUUGGUUAGAGUGUGGCGCUGGUAAGGCCAAGUUUGCAGGUUCGAUCCCUGUUUGGGACAUCUGCAUAUUCCUGCAUUCCAACUCUGAUUCUAAGGCCAGAAAGAAGUCUGAAAUGAGCGUUGAAUCACACUAACCUCAGAUCCCCGCUUGAGUUCCAUAGCUUCUUCUGGUAUGCCUCCUGUAGUGGCACUUUAGCUAAAAGGAAAAGUGUUCCUGAUGAAAAUGUGUAGCCCAGAAGAACAGCUGGAGUGCUCUUAGUUUUCAUAACCCUUAGCCAAAUCAUGGCUUAGCACAGGGGUUGCCAACCUUUUCAGGCCUGUGUGCUGCCAGUGCCACUGGCAGAGGAAGAGGAGUGCGGGGGGAGCGCACUGCUCCUGGCAGGGUGCCAUUGCGGCUGCCCCUCGCCCCAGGACACGCGCCAGCCCUGCCCCCUUCUCUCCCCCCCUGCCGGUGCCAAAGCAUGAAGCUCCGCCACUGGUCAGUUCCACUCCUUCUGGUCACUCUUCUCCCCAUCCCCUGACCAGAUCAGUUUCCAUCCCUCCAAAAGGCAGAAACAGAGACUGUGCACGUGCUUCACUUUUUCAAGGGAUCUGGGUAAAACACGAACCCAGCAGAAUUGACCUGAGCCUUGAAAAGCCCAAAAUAAUUCACAGAGGAAGUGGGAAAGAAUGCCACUCUUGCAACUUUUCCUUCAGCUCCAUGUACUUUUUGAGGGAGAAAAUGUUAACUACUUCCAUCACCUCAUGACCAAGGGGGCAUUUGGACGGAGGCUUUGUGGGGUCUAGGAAAAGACUCUAAGGGUGCUGUGUUGGGGAACGGACUUAGUAUAAGCAUGUGGGUUCCUAGAGAGAAGUUCAUGACCACUUCUCGCCUCCCCUGGUCCUGCUACUGUCUUGCAAUCUGUGGCAGAGACAUGGUUUGACUUACCGUACCUUUGAAACCAGACUCGUCAUUUGUCUCCUACAGACAAACCAUGAGCUCUAAAUGAAGAUCAAGCCACAGUUACAUCUCAUAGUUUGUCAUGUGACAAACCAUGAAAUCAGAGGCUCUACGCUCAGGGUGGGGUGCCAGAUCUUUAUUUCACCCCCCGCCAUGCCAACGUUGACCAGAGGGCAGCAGCACCCUUAGUUGACAUCAGGAGACUGAUAGUUGGGUAGCUCUGCCCACCUAUCAAAGUGGACCCAUGGGGGAGGGUUCUACUUCAUCCGCAGGAAGCAUGUUGGCAGAACAGCAACCAGCUAAUGAGCGGAGGGUUUGGUCUUGCUUUCUGCAGGGGUCUGCUUCACCCUUCAGUUCCCCACCCCUACUCUAAGUCACAUCUUGGUUCUGCCCCUGUGCCUGUAAUUUUUUUAAAAAAGUAAAUUUUCUUAGCUCAAGUGAAACAAAUUAUUCCACUCAGCGUUCAAAACUCACCCGGCACCAGUCGCAUUGCACGACAGGCAACUGGCCUUUCGCAAGCAAGGGGAGAGAUGUCUGGUUGCCAACAUUUCCACCUGGCUGUCUGGUGAUGCUGCACUAGUUAGCUGGUUAGUGGUGCACCAAAAGACGUGUCUCUUUUGAUGCUGCCCUGCCCUGUGAAUCAGCUGAUCUGUGGGGCAGCGCAGUACCAGAAGAUGCACCAACAGGAGGCUGGACCUUUGAUCUGAUCCAAGAGGACUGGUUUUAUGUUUUUAUGGUAAUGGAUUGCCCUUUAUUCAAAGUUUCAGAUAAUCAAAGUGUGGCUAUCAUAACAGCUUGUUAUGAUUUCUCAUCCUUCUUGUAAAGUAAUAAUUCCACCUCUCUGUCUUUCUGCACUAGGGGUGUGUGCAUACAUGUGUGAGUUCAUAAGCUUAUUUAUUUACUUUGACCACUUCAUGUACCUGGUAAUAUGGCUUCCUUGAGCCAGAGACCACAAUAAAUUUGUUAGUCUUCAAGGUUGCAUAAGUCUCUUUUUUAAAUGUUACUUAUGGAAGACACCUGACCCAACACUCUUCUCUGGCUGUGCCCUGUAGGACCAGAUCAGUAAUAGAAGCCAUACUCUUAUUGACAGUCUCACUGCUACUUAACAAUGUGGUCACUGAGGACUCCCUGGUAAGCUUUGAAAAUGAAAUUAGCAGGGUUCCUAGGAACACGGUUGGUUGUGCACAUACCACACUAAAGGGUAUCCAGUGUAACUUUAUCAUGCUACUCAGUAACUUUGUAGAACAUCAAUAUAAAUAGCACCGCUCCUUUUUAGUAAUGCAUGACUGCUAUAGGUAAGACGACUAUAGAUAAUUAGCUGCCAAGCACUCUGGUACUCAGUGGUAGAGCACCCUGUUGCUGAGUAAACCCAGCACAAUCAUGGACAGCAGAUAAAUUAGCUUGAGAAAAGCCAACAAAGCUGGAUUUCAGCCCAGAAACCUAGUAAGUCAGCAUUCUAUCCCAUCAGACAUCGUGAAAGUUCAGGGUGCUAAUUCUGAAAAGGACCUUACUGACAUUCCGAGGCACAACUUUCAAAGCAGCACAGUAAAAAUUUGCAUAAAUGCUUCCUAAAUCAAGACAUGAUUAUUCUUCCCUCUCUUUAAUUUUUUUUUUACUUUGGACUAAUUUCUUUUUUGGUAUUUAUAGGGCUGGGAGGUGGGGAUAUUCCAACUGUUUCCCUUCUGUUUUCUAAGACGCAGAACUACCUGUUAAAGGCAGAUGCAUAUACCCAGCCUUAAAGGCUGCUGUAUGUAGGGAAUCCUCUCAAAAAUUUUAAGUGUGGGACAGUUUGGAGCAGAGAAGCCAUUUCCCUCUCUUCCCCCAGCAUAGGAUUGCAGGCAUGUGUUUUUUGGGUAAAAGUGGAGUUUUGCAUAUUUCUUCAGUACGCACAACCUUGCCUAACCUUGUAUCAUGCUUCUCUUGAUAAAUGUGUGGUUCUGGUUUGUUUAAAUGCUCUGAACCUGGGCAGGUGACCUUAGCGGGGAUAAUUUCUGUUCAGUUUAGCUUCAGUAAAACAAGGAAGGGGGUGUUUAAUUGGCCUUGACGUUGAAUUGGUACAAAAGCUGCCAGUAGCAAGGUUCCAAAUAGAACAUAACAAUUGCUUAGAGAUUUUUAUAUCUUCUGCAAAUAUCUGCAUUGCCUGUUCCAAAUUUUUACUGGAGUUCUGUCCAGAUUACAGCGAAUAGAUUAGGUGGGUGGUGUUGCAGAGGUGGAUUUUUUUUCCAGCCUUCCUCACCCACUUCUCUCAAAAUGUUAGUGUCAUACUUUCACAUCUGGUCUGUGGUAUACUAAAAAAAUAUAAACCCUAUUAGGGAAGAACUGUAGCUCAGUAACAGAACAUCUGACUCUCAUGCAGAAGGUUCCUGGUAUCUCCUGGGAAUAGCAGUUGCCUGAAACCCUGGAAAGCCACAGCCAAUCAGCAUAGACAACACUGAGCUAAAUGGGCCAAUAGUCUGACUGGAUAUAACAGUGCAUAGACAAUAAUAGAACCUAAAAUAUGCAAAUAUACUAUAGUGUUCUCAAAUAAUAUAUAUGCAAUCGAUAUAGCAGAAGACUGAUUGCAAGUCCUUUUUGACUAAUUAGGUUUUUUCAAUCAUGACCAAAUUUCUUCAAAUACAUACAUCACUGAGAGAAGAUCAUUUCUUGUUCUCCACAAGGAUGCAAAUAGGAUAUUUCACUCAAAUUACAUUCUCCGGUUCUUCCCAGGACCAAAACAGAAGGCUUUCCAAUGUGGAAAAUCUACCUCUCCUUGUGGUAUUGGAAUUUCUUACCCUUUCUAGGAAGCUAAUGACCAUUUCUCUGUGUUUCAAUAUGGACUGUUUCUAUCAAUUCUUACCAAACUUGAAAAACCCCCAAAACAAAGCUGAGCAAGAAGAGGCUUUUUUUUAAAAAAAGAGAGAGAAAAGCAAUGGUGUAUUUAUGACCAGAGAACUGUUCUUUCUUGCUGCUUGGCAAGCCAGGUAAGUAUUCCCUGAAGUUGGCAAGCAGGCAUAGCUAACUGAGUUUCUGGACCUUCUCCAGUUUUUGUUUAAGCAAACUAUUAUAUCCCCUGUAUUUUAACACUUCAGUUUGCUAUCAUGAUGGUUCCUAUGUCCAGGAAAGCAAAACUUGAAGGUUAUCUGCUCGCUUUUCUUGUUGCUGUGGAGAUAAUCUCACACUUUUGCUUCUCAAAGGAAGUUCCUAUAUCAGCAGUUAGUGCAAGAUUUUAGUUAAAUGUUUUUGACCACAGUGCCUAAUUUGUUAAACUGCUGUUGCUGUUUGGAGGUAAGAUUACCUUUGUAGGUUCACAGUGCCUGUAUGUUAAGAAGUCAGCAGCCAGCAGGAAACUUAGAAAUUGUAGGCCUAUUGUAUAUUUGGUACGUGUUGUAUAUGUGACAGUUAUUCCCCACUUUUUAGGGCAGUGUCAGCAGAGUUUCUUGUGUCGUGAUUGUCAACUGUUCUUUGUUGAUGCAGGUGCCAUGGAAAGUUGGGAUGCUUAGGGUUAAGUUAUUUUAAAAAUGCCUAAAAUGGUUUAGGGUUGACCUUUCGUUACAGCCCAAGGCCCAAGUAUUAUUUCCUCUUCCUUGAAUGGGAAAUCCAGGUUGACCUUGGCUUCUCUGCUGCCACCAUCCUGAUGCAGUUCAGGCUACUUGUGUCAAUUUCACAGGCAAGAUCUAGAAAUGCUUAGCUAAGUUCUGUGCUAGUGGACUUCAGCGGGAGUUAGCUGGUGAUGAGGCCCCAUGAAGUCUACAUUGUUUAUCUGCCAGGAGAAUAGAGAGAGAGACUUCUGGUUCCAGGCUCAGCUGUUGCUGCAGCAGAUAAUCGAAUCGUAGAAUUGGAAGGGAUCAUGAGGGUCAUCUAGUCCAACCCCCUUUUUGCCCCACAUGGGUCUUGAACCCGCAACCCUAAGUCGUGCUUACCGACUGAGCUAAGCUGAUAGUUCAGAAGUUAGAAGAAACUUUAAUUCUAUCUUUAUCAUGCUCUGUAUAUUCUGCUUGGUUAUAGUGCAACUGGUAUAGUUUGAUCCAAGGGGAUUCUGAAUUCACAUUCUUAUCUCCAGCCUUUUAGCCAGGCUACCAUAGAGUCAUAUUUAUCAGUAUUCCGAACUAGCAGCCUCAUAUCCAGUGUUGUGCAGGAAUUUUAAGAAACAAAAGGAAAAAAGUGCAGUUAUUUGAAGUCAGUUGCUAAAAUCAGUGCAAUUUUGAAAGGUUCAGUCUGCCAUCUUGAGUUAAAAUGGCAUCCAUUUUUGUAUUCAAAAAUAGACAUAAAUAUAUAGCAAAUAUGGUGGGAGCUAACAGCUGUUCUACUAAUGGUUCUACUUAGAUGCCCAAGUAAGGUGGUAUUCUUUGUGACCCUCUGGGGAUGCCAGGGUGCAGAGAAGGGAAAUAACUAUUUUAAGGAACCCACACUAAGUUGCAGCAGGCUAAACCUGAGUAGCCAAUUUGUUGCAUUCCAGAUGUGAACUGCAGCCCACAUGAUUCUUGAGUUAUUGCCAUGCUGGCUAGGGUUGAUGGGAGUUGGGAGUCCAAGCCAUCUGGAAAAUACCAUGUUGUCUAUCCCUGGAAGCUUGUUUAGAUAACGCAAUUUUGUCCUGUGAAACAGCUUUCAAAUCUUGCUCCGUUGAAAACGGGCAGGGCUUUACAAGCCAUCUUUAUCGGUCAUUGUUUGUGUAGUGAUUCAGCCUCCAAGUAGCAGUUGGAGAGAUUCAGCUAGGAAUCUGUUGGGUGACUGGACCGCUGCUACCUCUUAACAUAGCCUACCUUGCAGGGUGCUUGCAAAGAUAAAAUUGUGUGAGUAUGUUGUUGUGACUUGGCCUCCUAAGUGGGUUUAGCUUGGAAGUGGAGGUGGUGUAAUAACUUACAUAACACAUUGUUAGUCAAUGAAGGUCUAGGACAUGGCUGGUGUAGAGGAGGGAAAAACCGUUGCGGCUGUGUAAAUGGAUGUGUACAAUGGUAAGUAGUGGAACUGUGUUAGGUAAUAACGUAUUUAAUUGUGAUGACCUCCAGAUCCUUCUGCUUUUUCUAGUUAGGCAUAGACUAGAGGAGAAAUGUCAUUUAAGUAACUUGAGGUUUGUAUGUGUUCCGCUUUUGAAAGACUAGUAUAAUUCCAUUGACAGAAGAAUCCCAAGUGGGGUAAAGUAGAUCGUAGGCAAAUUAAAUGUAGUAGAGACCAGAGUGGCUUUAAAAAGAAACUAAAUUUUUGCCUGUAGCUUCUUAUUUUUGUCUUGUGGUUAGUGCAUAAGGCUGCACUCUGUUUUCAAGAAGUUAAAUUGUUUAAAUGCUGGCAUUGCAAAAUCAUGAGAGGACAUUCAGAGCUGCCCAAUCCAAGUGCACAUAAUUUUAAUUUGGGAGUUAACCUAUGGAUUUUUGACUGUAGCACGGGGCAGUACCCGCAAGACAAAUAUUGCAGAAGCCAUGGGGAGCCCAAGAAGGAAGUUGGUGUGUGUAGUGGGGAACAACUAUGAAUCAGGAGUUCCCCAGUUUAAAUCUAAUCUCUGCCAUGCUUUUGCUAGGUAAUAUUUGUAGCUUGCCUAUCUCUAACCUCAGCCCUAUAUCUGCUAUAUGGAAAUAACACUUACCUACUAUACCAGGUUGCUGGCAAGAAUUAUAGUGAGAUAAUACAUAUGAAUCACUUUGACCUAGGGCUAUACAGACACUGUUUAGAUGCUGGAUAGUUAAUUUUGCCAACUAAAGGGGGUCAUGGUAGUAUCUUCGUAGCUAGAAGAGUUGAAGUUUGUCAUCCUUGGAGCAGUAGCUGCCAGAUUCUUGAGUGAUCUGAGACCAUCCUGCUGAAUUUUGAACUGCCUGCUUACUCCCCUCCUUUCUUAGAACCCAUAUCAGCAGGAAGUUGUGCAAAAUAGGUCUCUCCCAGUCCCGGGAUGCUACAAAACUCUGGUGUGCUUUUCAAUACUGUGUCUUAUGAGGAAGGCAGAACUGCCUGUGUCCCCUUCUUAGUCUUAACCAGCCUUCGCCAGGUGGAUGCCCACCAGAUGUUUUGGACUACAACUCCCAUCAGGCCCUGCCAGCUGCAGUCCCAACAACAUCAAGUGGCAAACACUAGUCUUAACAAAUUUUGCUACAAGGAGCUGUGGAAGGAAGCCAUCCCAACAUGGCCACACGGUUAGUUGUCCCUUCCUUGCAUCGAAAUGGAUCUUGUGCCUUUUUAGUGGCCCUGUUAGAAAUCAUGAAGAAGCUUUCAAAUCUCUGUGCAAUUUAUGCCUGUUCAAUUGAGCCUAGAGUUCAGUGUCGGUGGUUCUAAAAUGUGAUGGUGAAGUGCCCUGAAACGAUGGACAAAAUCAACAAGUGUAUGGAUAAUAACAUAAAAGCAUUUUGAAACUCCAGUAGCCCAAAGAGGAUUAUCUUCUAGUUUUGACAUACUGCUGCAUUAUUUUACAUCCUUGAGGAAAAUGUCACAGAACUCCACAUUUAUUUAUUUUUUGAUCGCACGGCAUUCUGUUAAUAUUUCUCGUUUGUGCCAGUUCGCUUUAAUAUGUUACCUGGAUUGUCGAAAAUUGAUUAUUUAAGGAACUGAAGAACUUUACCUGUUUAUUUCUUUCAGGGAAUGCAGAGAGCUACCAAUGUCACCUACCAAGCCCACCAUGUCAGCCGCAAUAAGAGGGGUCAGGUAGUAGGGACCAGAAGUGGCUUUCGGGGCUGCACAGUCUGGCUAACAGGUACAGUAUUGCUGCCCAUAAGUUUGCUCUGUUUUAGUGUGUUGUUUGCUCUCUUGCCAUUAUAAAGUGAUGGCAGCGGCAGGAGGUACCAGCUAAAUAUUUUCGCAGUAGCUUUUGCAGGAGCCAGAAUUGCAAAUUGACUACACUGGUACCUUGGGUUGCAAACACUUCGGGUUACAGACUCCGCUAACCCAGAAAUAGUACCUCGGGUUAAGAACUUUACCUCAGGAUGAGAACAGAAAUUGCGCAGCGGGAGGCCCCAUUAGCUAAAGUGGUACCUCAGGUUAAGAACAGUUUCAGGUUAAGAACGGACCUCCGGAACGAAUUAAGUUCUAACCCUGAGGUACCACUGUACCUUUACACAGAUUCCCUUUCACUGUCUUCAUUGUAUGAUCCCAACGUAUCUUCACAGAAGGCUGGGGUUAGUGUUGGCUCCCUCAUUUUUUAGGGAAGCAAUAUGACCUAUAUAUAUAUGCUUGGGAACAUUUUAAACAUUACAGUUUGGAUUGAAGAUUCUUUCACUUGGAGAGGCAGAAAUUCCACCAUCUUCCCCCUCCACCUGUAGCCCUUGCACCAUAUCCAGUCCGGAAGAGCCGGUGUGGCAUAGUGGUUAGAGAGUGUUGGGCUAAUGCCUGGGAGACAUGGGUUCUAGUCCCCACACAGCCAUGAAGCUCACUCAGUGAUCUUGGGCCAGUCACUUGUCUCUCAGCCUAAUCUAUCUCACAGGGUGGUUGUGAGGAUAAAAUGAGGAGGAGGAGAACCAUUAACACCCCCUUGAGCCUCAUGGAGGAAAGGUUGUUAGCAAUUUCACUCCUCCGAUGCUGCAGAUGGGAUUGUUGUAAAUUACAUGCCUAUCUGGGACGACUCUGGGAAAGGAAGACAGUCUUAUCUAUUCUGCUGCGGGUACUAUUACACUGUACGUUUCCUUUUAUUUCUUUCUGUUUGUUCUCUCGGAGCUGGAGAGAACGGACACCAUUAUGCUUUUGUCUGUACAUAGUGUGUAAAUAAAUAGUAGAUUAGCUCUACGGUGUCUUACUCUUCUUGCUGUGUUAUGCCAGAAGAUUAGUGUGCAUUUAUCAUUAUGAUGUAUGUCGUUAGAAGCGCACUGGAAGAGAAGGGAGAUGCCUUUUCCAGAGCUGCGCGUACCGGAGGACGCUCAGAGUUUCGGGGGCUUGCAGGGCACCCCAGGGUGUUUUCCAACAAAUAAAAUAAAAAAAGAAAUUCCCUAGGGAGGUGGGCUCCCUCUCAAACCAUAGCAACAGAUUCUAGAGUUGGGGAACACAGAGAAGACUUACCGUACUUUUCUGUGUAUAAAACGCCCCCAUGUAUAAGAUGCCUCCUAUUUUGGGGGACUCCAGAUUAAGAAAACACCCCUCAGCGCUACCCGUGUAUAAGACAAGCCCCAAUUUUAAACCUAAUUUUUUGAUAAAAAACACCCCUAGUCUUAUACAUGGAAAAAUACGGUAAUUACAUUAAGAGAAUGAAAAUUUAGAAAGAAGCUUAUGAAUUUCCCAUGUGGCCAACCGUUUGACACAGGGAAAAAUGAAAUUAGCACAUAGGCAUGCAUUUUUUGCAGUUUUGCUCACUGGCAUACUGGCACGUGCCUAUGCAGUGAAAUGGAUGCAAGUACUUCUGCCAUGUGGUGAUACAUGCAGUUUGUUCACAUUUUCCUGCACAGCGUGCUUUUGUCCUGCGUAGGAGAUACGCAGCUUUUCAAGGCAGCUGAUUUCUUGAUGUUAUCUUAAAGAGCGAACAUUUUGCUGAUGAACUCUGAAAAAGUAGGGAGUGUCAAGAUGAGUACCCAUUUGUCUAGAUGGAAAGAGGGAGGGUAAAAUUUUAGGGGGCCUUGUGCGACAUUUUAAGAAUGUUAUGUGAAUGUUAAGCAUUCACAUAACACAGUUCCCCCCCCCCCCCCGAAUUUCAGGCAUAUACUUAAAAGCUGCAGGAGUUGUGUGGCCAUAGGCGGAGUCCUAAGCAUGCUAAACUUGGAAGUGUAUCCCAUUCAUGUAGUUUAUUUUGGAGUGAACAUGAUUAAUAUUGCAUUUCCACGCUCCUAAAUAUGAUGAGCCAGGCAUGAUUUUUAAAUGUCAGUCAUCUAUUGACUUUUAUUGACCUGUGUUUUUUUGGGUUAUUUUUUUCUUUAAAACUAAUGUAGGUUUGUCUGGAGCUGGGAAGACCACAGUUAGCAUGGCACUGGAAGAAUAUCUAGUGUGCCAUGGCAUUCCAUGCUAUACCCUGGAUGGUGACAACAUCAGACAAGGCCUUAAUAAGAAUCUAGGAUUCUCACCAGAAGACAGGGAAGAAAAUGUCCGCCGGAUUGCUGAGGUUGCCAAGUUGUUUGCAGAUGCUGGCUUGGUGUGCAUCACUAGUUUUAUUUCUCCUUAUGCCCAGGUGAGCACCCCAUGUCCUCAUUUUACACCGAAAUUGCACUGCGGUGUUAACUAUUUCAAGAAUAUGGUCAAAUAAUCCUUCCUUUGUUGAAUGUGUUAAAUUUUGGCUGAGAUUUAGGAGCCCCUUACACACAUCAGAAAUUGUGUUUUUUCAGUGGCCGUUAUAUGCUCAUCUGAAGGGGUUUAUGAAAUUCCCUCUAAAGGGUGUUUGAGAGGCCACGGUGAGGACAAGCUUGGUGUACAGCCUUUGUUUCCUGUCCAGUAGAUUCAGGUUACUAUAAAUUAAAAACAACUGAAAUUAGACUCAGUGGCGCUGUGGUCUAAACCACUGAGCCUAGGGCUUGCCGAAUGGAAGGUCGGUGUUUCGAAUCCUCGCAGCAGGGUGAGCUCCCCUUGUUUGGUCCCUGCUCCUGCCAACCUAGCAGUUCGAAAGCACGUCAAAGUGCAAGUAGAUAAAUAGGUACCACUCCGGCAGGAAGAUAAACGGCGUUUCUGUGUGCUGCUCUGGUUCGCCAGAAGCGGCUUAGUCAUGCUGGCCAUAUGACCCAGAAGCUGUCUGUAGACAAAUGCCGGCUCCCUCGGCCUAUAGAGCGAGAUAAGCGCGCAACACCAGAGUCGUCUGCAACUGGACUUAAUGGUCAGGGGUCCCUUUACUUUUUUAAUGCUAUAGAACACAAUAAACUAAGUACUGCAGACUCCCUGUUUUUGAAAAGCCAAGCCAUGAACCCCCUACUUUUGAAAAUUUUAAUAUCUCUAUGGUCGUUUUAUUGGUGUAAAUUGCAUCAUGGGUGGGUUACGCAGACCCCCCCGGGACCCACAGAUCACCAGCUGGGAACUGCUGCUAUGGAAAGGAAGACCUGUGGUGCAAUUUAUUUGCAGAUGUGUCAGUUGAGCUAACCAGAGGGUGUAGCUAGAAGCACUCAGGGUACUAGGUUCAUAGCCUCCUAAGUGAGAAUCACAUCAGAACAGCAAAAUUGGCAACUCCUUUCCACUUUGCUUAACGCUCCCUCUCUCACUCCAGGCAAAACUGGCUAACACCUUAGUAGGUACUGCCAGGAUUAAGGGGGUUAGCUUCCCCUUAAGUCACAUUUUUUAAUUUUUGUAAACUACUUGUUUAUUUAGAAGGCUUGGGGCAGGUGGACCUGCAAAUGGUUAGGCAGGUAGUUAAACACAAAGGUAAUACUGUGGAAGGGAAGCUGGCAACACCUUGCAUAGGCUUGGAAAUGGUGCAAGAGAAAUCUGAAGCAAGUUUUCAUUGUAUUUCAAAACAUAGCCUUAGACUUAGUAAGGCAGAAUUUUUAAAACAUAAUUAGCAAGGAGAAAAUUGGCUUUUUAGAAAGAACAUACCAUAUAUUCAGUAACAAAACAAGCCUGUGUUACUUUCUAAACAAGUCAUUUUCAAACCAUGAGUUACAAAGCAGGCUUUUUAAACUUUUAUUUUUUUUGAAAAACUUUUUAAAAAUACCAGUUUUCCUGUUUCACACUUAACAUUAAGCUGACAUCCUUUGAAAAUAAACUCAGAAGAUUUCCAACCCCAACCCACAUGUGAACUGGGUGCUUUUUUCUGGCUCUCUGAGGCUCAUUCACAUAGUGGUCUAACAUUAUGUGCAAACCAGCGCUUGGAAAACGUCAGAAGUACAAUUCAACCUCUUCUGAUCCUCAGUGUCUCUCUAUCUCUCAUCUCUCUCCCAUCCCAGCUUCAUGUUUAGGAGUAGGCUGGGACUCAUCACAUCCACCCCAAAGGGGUGGGAUGCUCAACAUGGCAAGUGUGACAAACAUAUGUUUAUGCUGGGCAUAUAAAAAUGCUACCUACUGUGCAAGUCUAAAUUAAUUACUCGUUUGGUGUGCUCUGAAGACCAGCAGUCAUUCAAGCAGAUACAACAUUUGACAACAUUUUCAGUUAGCUUGAUACGUAAGCAGCCGCUGUGUCUAAUCAUGAGACUUUGCAAUGCCUUGUGUUUCAUUCCCCUCCCCCUUAUGACAUGAUACCCUCAUGUAGACAUAGCACUGGUUCCCUGAAAAUUGUGGUUUUGUAAAUUGGGAGUCAGAUUCACCACCUUCCAUGUGCAUCAGCACAAACUAGGUUUUCUCUUAAACAUGGUUUGAAAGCCCACUUCAAACUGAUACUACACUCUACAGUGAAGAUUUGUAUUUGUUAUUGAUACUGAUAACCAAGGUUACAAGGAAGCCUUUUUGUGUUAACUGUGACUUGCAUUUCACUGGGUCGUUGUUUAGCGUGUGACGUGGUGGAAAGUUUUAUUUCUGCCAUUGCUUCUCAGGACCGUAACAAUGCAAGGCAAAUUCAUGAAGUGGCAAGCCUGCCUUUCUUUGAAGUAUUUGUGGAUGCUCCAUUGUACGUUUGUGAGCAGAGAGAUGUGAAAGGCCUCUACAAAAAAGCUCGUGCUGGAGAAAUUAAAGGUGAGCUUUCAUGCCAAAGUUCUUUUAUGGUGUCCCAAUUGGGGCUGUUGGGCUAUUGCCUACUGUACGAAUGAGCUAAUGACAAAUAAAAUAUAAUGCAAGCCAUCUGCUCUCUGUAAUACUAGGGUACAGAAGAGCACCCAUUUAAUUACUUUCUUACUUUGAUAUCUUGCCUUUUCUUAAAAACAUGGAGCCCAAAGUGGCAUAAAUGUAGUUCCCAAGUAGUCACCUACCCAGGUGCUGACCAGACACAGACCUGCUUAGCAUCAGAAAAGUGGUGGUCUCAUAUGCUAUGUCUAAGCAUAUAUACACAACCCAGUAACACUGCAAAGAAUCCAAAUGGAACCAUACUUAGCUGUCGUAACUGUUACUCAUUCUCCCUGAGAGCAAAAUUAUUGAUUACUCUGGCUAUUGUUUACUCUGGAUACAAAGCUGCUUUUUAAAAUCCAGUACCUUCUCUCAAACUGCUCAUGCCCAACAAGAUAUGCUGUCUAAGCAUAUAUAUAAGCAAUAUAUAUAUAUGCACACAAACAUUGCCCAGAAGAGAAAUAAAAUUUGAAAUUACUGAUGUAUCAGCCUCCACAAGCUUUACUUGUAACUCAUAUUCCCUGUUCAAAAAUGUGCUUAUGACAUUGUCUUUGUCCACAAGAAGAUUUACAGUGAGACAGAAGGACCCUUUUAGUUACUGUUUAGUAAUUAUUUUGGGAUGGACCAGAAAAGACCAGGAAUGUUAGAUGCAAGCAAGCUUUUCAGAUAAGUAGCUGGAAUAACAUAUUACAGCAGGAGACUAGAAGACCCAUCUGAAAAGCAGCCUUGUCCUAUGUUCUGUUUUUCUCCCCCCACUCAGGUUUUACUGGUAUUGACUCAGAGUAUGAGAAACCUGAAGCCCCUGAGCUGGUACUCAAAACAGAUUCCUGUGAUGUCAAUGACUGCAUUCAGCAAGUUGUGGAACUUCUGCAAGAGAGGGUAUGGAGUCUUGUAGUGCUGACUUGUAAACAUCUUGUGAAGUUGCCAGCUUAAUAUUCACUGCACAUGUAAGCGGGCUUAUUGAGAAGUAGGAGGUGCAACAUUUGGUCCCUGACUUGGUUAGAUUCAUCGAUUUAAAAACUUUCAAUGGAGUGGCAACUCCUGUGUAUUUUCCAAGAACAUGUAAAAUGUGUCCCUCUCUUCAGAAGUGUGGUUUUAUUAAUAUGCAGGCUUCUUCAGAUCUGCUCAAUGCAAACUUGCACCAUUAAUUAAGUUAAGUUUCGUUGCUUGCUGAUAUCCCUGUUUGAGGGUGGAAUUCAUAAUACUGCUAAGAAUAUUGUCAGUGCAAGCAUUUUUACUUGCCCAGUGGAGUGAUCCCCACUUUCCUCCCUCAUGUGCUUUGCUUGGGGGGUUCUUCCCACUCUCUAAAAAGGGUUUGGUGGAGGGGUGGGGGAAACCCUGAUGUGGUAGCAGAGGUCCUUGCACUGACUUCUGCUAGUGGAAUGGGGUAGUUGAAUCUGGUGAAAUGCAACAUUAGUCACACUCGAGUGUAAAACCCCUAAAACCAAUGCAGCGGGUCUAAUUCUAUUGGGUGAUACCCAGCAAUCUAUAUCUCGCAUCGGUGAGCAAACAGUACUUCACCCGCAUGACUUCAAAUAUUUCAGUCUUUUCAAUGUGACAGGAAAAAGGACAGCAAAACCGAGAGCUGCUUUUGCAUUUAGUGCUUGAGCAAAGCUAUUGUUGGCCUGCCAUGGUAAGAAGUGAUGAUCUUACACAUUCGACUUAUGAAGGGAUAACUGCAGUUACUUCAUGAAUAAAUGGUAUAAUAUGCGAACUGCAGCUUUUUUGGUUUUAUUGUUACUGGGCUGACUUGCCCUUCUUGUAAUUGGAUCAUUUGAGGGUGGAGGAGGAGUGCCUGUAUUAAAGCGUCUGUAAUAAACGAACAGCCAAGAGCUUUGCAAGAGGAAAAGUUGUUCUGUUCUGAAAUGGCAAUUCCCAAAAGGCAGGUUGUAGCUGCUACCAUGGGCUUCCAGCUGUGAGUGGUGCAGAGAUCAUAGUGGAAUUGCUUGAAUGAAGAGAAUUGGGGAAUGAAUACACAGAGCAUCAAUAAAGAGAGACUUUACGGCAGUGCUCUUAUUUUUGGGAACUCCCUUGCCCCUCUGUCUUAAAUGGAAAUGAACUACCUGUUUUUUGUUCUCGUUUUGUUUUCACUGUGAGUGAGUGAAUGAAAAGAAAAGAAAGGCAUGUUGCUGUCCUUUUUUGUAUGUUUCUGCUACAUUAAUGCACAUUAGCAGAAUCACUUUUUUAUUUUGUAAGUCAUGGAGCUCUGCGAGAUCCUUAUCACGGAAAGGAGAAAGCAAUUUGGGCUUGUAUAUGUCUGCUAAAACAUAGCUUAAAUGUGUUUGGCUGAUCCAUGUGGAGGCUCCCAUUGGGUACCCAAUGGAGAUCCAACAGUAAACACUGAUUACUUUUCAACUUUUUGCAGUUUAUGUAUAAGCUGCCUUGAGUCCCAGUCUGGUAAAUAACCACCACCUAGAUAACUUCCUCAGUAAGAGAGGGCAAACCCCCUGGUAUGUUACUACUGUGAAAGCUAUCUUACUUCCACUGUUGGAAGCGGUAUGCUUCCGAAUAUCAGUUGCUGGAAAACUCAGAAGGUGAGAGUGUGAUUGCACUUGGUCGCUAGUUGUGGACUUCCCAUGGCAUCCUAAACAGGGUGUUGGACUAGAUGGGCAACUUGCAGGUUAUGUUCCUAAAACUUACAGAAGAAUUUCAAAGGCAUUUAAGAAUUAACCCCCCCACCCCAAGUCAGUGAAUUCACCUAAACUCUCAAACUGCUGAUAUUCCUAGUACCAUUAGUAAUCCAGUUUAUUUUGUUGUAUACUUGUAUUAGCACUUCCAUUUGAUGCCGCUGAGUCAGGUUUCUGCUGAUGCCACAGUUCUUUUUUAUUGAAAUAAGUUUCAUUUCGCACCAUUUCAGCUAGAGAACCAAUGUGCCAGUAUGAAAGACUCCCUGUUCUUUCCUUUGUGCUUCUUAAAAUGGGUUUUGACCUGUGCGGCCAUGAUAGUUCUGCUUAGAGACUGCACAUGUUCCAUUUUCUUCCUCUUAUUGCAAUGGGAAGAAGAUGACAUGUUUUAAACUCCCCAGCAGGUAUUGCAAUUCGGACCCAAAGGAGAGAAAGCAGUCAGUUUUGAAAGUAUGCUCCAACAAAUGUUCUCAGUUGAGUUAUAAACGUGCUUUUCCUUAGUUAUGUUACUCAAAAUAAAUGGUUAGGUAAAGUGUCUCAUAAUAUUUUUCAUUGCUGUUAUGUCAGACUUGGGUGAAAUAUGGUCUCUCCGUAAUUGAUAUACCUCCUAGGAUGUAGCAUCCUGGAACUCGCCAUUUUUCAAAUGAGCAUUGUUCACCUGGCUCCAUCCACAUAGAGCUCCAGCAGAUUCCUCACCCAGCCAGCUGUCCAAAACGGCUUGUGCUGAGCUGUGUGCAUUCAAGUGAAAUAGUUGGAAACUACUUCUCUUGGAGCCUUUUCAAAACCCUCCAUAAACAGGUUGUCAUUCAAAUGGUAAAAUAAUUCAAAGCCUUGCAUUACCAGAGAUGAAAAUAAGCAAAUAUUAUGGGUGCUAUUGGCCAUGCUUGCUGGGAAUUCAAGUUCAGCGACACCUUCCAAUCAAUGGUACAUUGGGACACCAGAAUGCAGAAAAUUGGAAACUUUCAGAUGCUGCCUCCCUGUUUAUAGGAACAUGGGACAUUCCCAGUUCUUUCUGGGGAUGCUAGGAAUUGAGUUUGGGACGUUCAACAUGCUAAGUAGAUGCUUUAUCCCUGAGCUAUAGCCUUAAAGUAAGAAACCAUGGCUCACAAAGAGCAGUCAAACCAGAAAAAAAUUCUGCAUUGCAACAGAAGUUAAAAUAUUUAUGCCCCGAGACACAAAAUGUUUUACUCAUGUGACCAAACAGAAUCAGAUCAUUCUGGCUGUAAUCCAACACAGACUGAUACUAGUGGUUUUCAGCAUUUCUGUAUUGUGGCCUUUGACUUCUUUUGGAAACAGUUGGCAAUGUGAAAUGUACAUGGCUGUUAAGGGGCAGGCAACAUCCUUGCUUCGGAACAAAUCCUUUGCAAUUAUUUAGUUCAAUUUAUAUCCCCCUUCCUUUCAAAGGAGCCCAAAGGAGAUUGAUUUAAUUAAAUCUACGGCUUUGUUCAUGCAAUGUUGUGCAUGUCCUAUAGUACAGCUAAGUUCAUUAUUUGAGUUACCUCUGCAAUGUUCAUUCUGUAAUCUUCCUGUGGAUAUGCACUUGAUUCAGGCAGUGUUAGAAUUUUGUUAGGUUCUGGAUAGCUGUUAAAAAGAAGUUACCUCGUGUUGCUGCAUUCAGUUUUAGAGGGUGCAAUAAACAUCUUUUGGUUCCUAGUCCUGAAUAAUGAAUCAAUAUUGACCUAACAGCUCAUUAAAAUGAAUAAUAAUUAUUUUAUUAUUUGUACCCCGUCCAUCUGGCUGGGUUUCCCCAGCCACUCUGGGUGGCUUCCAGCAAAGAUUAAAAAUACAUUAAAAUAACAUUACACAUAGCAUUGCAGCUAUGUAGAUAAUAGAAUACUAUCUUUUUAUGAUGGGGUGGUUUUGCAUUUUCUGACUAGUGAUAAAUGCAUUGGUAAGUCCAACAAUCGCAGUGAAAUGUGGAACAAAUGACUAUGUUAAGAUACAUUUUAAAAGAAACUUGGAAACACAUACACUAAGCAGAAGAAUAGAAGCAUUGUUACCCCUCCCUAUGUACCUUCCCCACCCUCCAACUCUUCUCCCCUUUUUUCUUCCCAGCCUUAUACUGCAUGCAACACUAACGCCUCACAACAAAUGAAACUGAGCUGUAGAAAACAAAACUUGAAAAAAGAGACAAUGCACGUAAUUCUUUUUGUAAACUAAGACAUCUUUAAUAAAAGUUAUUAUUAAAAAACACUUUGAAAAAAGCACAAGCUUCACCACUAGAGGGCUUCCAAACACCACAUUUUUCACUGAGCUGUAUGUGACUCCUAAGAGAUGAGGUUCUUGCCUCUGUUUUCAAUCUAAAGCGAUGUUUUAAAAGUUGUAUCUGUAUGUACCAGAAGCAUUAGAUUUACUAAUGCUAUAAAUUACUUGGAUGUUUAGCCUUUUCAUGUAGUCACGGUUUAAUGUCCUGAAAUGUAUUUUGUGCCCGUGCACAAGUCAAGCUUCUCAGCUCAAGUAGCGUUGAGAUGCUGCUGGUGUUUGCAUCUUGGGCUAAGGGUGAAAUGCAAGUAUGUACGCUGAUUGUGCCUUGUGUGUGUCACAUUUAUGGCAGUCAGGAUAGUAGACUCUGCAGUAGUCACACAACACGACUUGAUUCCCACGUUUGGAACAACUUCAUAAAGUGUAAAAGAAAAAUGCUUUAAUAAUUUGCUAAAAUGCUUCCUAAAACGACUUGCCUCUAUGCUUGUUCUUAUACUUUCAAAGCAGACGACGACGAAGGAGCUUUUAAUAUUAUGUGGCUUUUAACAGAAUGCUCAUUCCUAGCAGUUUGAUUGGAAACACUCUUUAACUAAAACUAUAUUUUUUGUUUUAAAACAAGGCACACCACAUAUUUAGAUGCAGUCUCUUAUAUCUGUCUUGCCCACAGGCUUUCUGGCUAUAUACUUUAAAAUAUAAACAUUUAAAAAUAGACUUGUAGUGUUCACAAAUAAAACAUAUGCCCCAUGUGAAAAAAGACUGUGCAAAUGAAGUCCUUUUAUUACAUUAAAAAACAAACACUGUUAAAAUGCUUUGUUUCUAAAACUUUUGCCGAUGACUAUGUAUUUCUGCAAAAUAGCAGACAAUAUCUUUAAGGCCGCUUACUAAUAGACUUUGGCCAUUAGGCGUUAUGAAGUAAAGAAAGUAGUAUUAAUUUCAAAAUAGACAUAGAGUCUAGCAAUAAAAUGAUUCGACUUCGUUGUUAACUAAACGGGUUCCUUGUCUGUAAAGCCUGAGGGAUAUUUGUUCUCCGGAGCUCACUGACAUCUUUUGUAGACACACUAAAAGCAAGAGAUACUUGCAUAUCUGCAAGCACUGAAGAGUAAAUGUGUAAAUCGCUAAUGCAUGAAUCUCAGCUGUGCUUGGAUCUGCGUGCUCCAAAGUUCUUUUAAUGACACCGAUCUGGCUGUGACUGGGACUUGUGUUAACUGUGAUUCAUAUCCAUCUUGUUUUUGCAGUUACAAUGGGGGUUCAGAACCAGUUUUAAGUGUCUAAUCUGAUCCUCAUCAUUAUAGCUUAUCCUAGCACUUUUUUUUUCUGCAAAGAUUUACUAUAGAAGUCUUCUAUUACUAUAGAAACAGCAAAGAUCGCACAACUUACAACAAUCUGAUCCGAUACAGAAAUGUCAUAAUGAAAACAUAACUUUGAAAUGAACAACUUAUAUCAAAUAAAGUAAUAUUCAGUAAUCCAUUGGGAUUACAAUAAAAUAAAAUUAAAUAUCAGCAAAUAAACAAAAAUUCACUCUUAAUUGCAAUAAAUAUUUUCUAAACUAUAAUAAAUAAAAAUAACAAGUUACAGUGCAUAAAAUAACACAGUACAACUUGAGAAGCAAAGACACACACUAUCUAUCUAUCUAUCUAUCUAUCUAUCUCCCUAUCUCCCUGAACUCCAGAUUGGGCUGGGAGAGAAUCCCAUCUGAAAUCCUGGAGAGAUGCAGCCUGUUGUUGUAUUCUUGAAUGGUCUGACUCAGUGUGAGGCAUAAUCCUGCAUUUCUGUGGAUGCAAACUUUUACACAUCUAACCCGAGAUCAAGCCCCAUAAACCUCCACUGUUGGUCUGUAGGUUCAUAUUUUUUCUUUAGUAUUUUGGUGCAGAUCCGUAGGAUGCCACCCUAUGGUGUAAAUUACAGAGAUCUAGAUUGUGGUGGUGGUGGUGUCAACAGCCCAGCCAAAAACAGUAUGUGCUUCAUCUGAGGCAGCUACCUCCUGGACUUUCCUGUUGGAAAGGCGGAUGGUUUCGCCACUUUAGGACAGAGUUGUGUAGGGUCCCUCUGCCAAACAGUAGCCAAGGAAGACUCCUGCUGGCUUCUUCUGUGGGAAAGGAUAGGGCAAGGAGAAGCUUGCCAGCUUGGCUCCUCUGAAGUGAGGCAUACUAGACAUUGCUAUCCAGCUGAUUGGAGCAACCCAUGCUUACAUCCUGCAGGAAGGCUUGUUGCUUGUCAAAGGUCUACAUCACAGUCACCAGGGUCACUGAAAAAAUAUUAAAAGUUGGGUUCUUGGGUUCAUGAAACAAGCAUUUGUCCCCCCAAAUGGACAACACACCAUUUUAGAGCCCUUUAGAGACAUUGAAACUGGCCUCAGUCACUGCUUUCUUCCUCAAUCUUUUGCAGCCAUUAUUCUCAACAGUUAUUUAUAAAAUAAAAACUAGUGGAACAUACCACUACCAUUGUAAAGUCAGCAACACUGCUUACCUUUGGGUCUGACAGUAGAUUCCUUUCUGUGCAGUAUUAUGUAUGUUAAAGCUGCCCAGAUGCUAUGAACUGAAAUCUGAGUGGCAGGGUGUUUGCUUUCAUUUUGUUAGUUUCUAAAAUAUUUUGGUAGAUGCUCUUUGGAUAAUCAGUCAGUGUCUAUAUACAGCCCAUCAUCUUCCUUCUACAGCAAUUGCUGUUUCCUUCGGGAAGGAAUUAACAUACAAAUUUCUGAAUGAGGUUCUCAUUGAGCUGUUUUCUCAAACUAUGCUAAUUAGGUUUGGAUAGAAGAAUCCCCUGUGCAUCUAGUUACUGAACCUUUUGACAGAUUCCAAGCAUAUUGGUGUAGAUGUUCCAGCCUUGUGAGGAAUGGAAGAAUUUAGGAGCAGACUUCGGUUUGUGUUAAGUCUUUUGAAUGGCUGCCUUAUUUUAAGACACCCUGCAGUAUAUUUUUCCAGAUUCAGAAUCGAAGCAUGAUAGACUUUCCUUUUUUUAAGUGCACAGAACUUUUGGGUAGGGGGAGGGUGGGACAAAGAGGCUGCUUAAGCACCAAUAUUUUAACAUGUUUUAAGUUACUUAUAGCAUUUGAACACGUCAUUGGCGAGGAAUUUAACUUUGUGGUGACUCUGUCACGUUCUUUUCCCACUCGAAUGUUGUUCUGGUUGUCUGUGUCCUCCUCUGUGCUGUCUGGCAAAUGCUGAACUGCACUGUUUUUUGGUUUUUUAAUUCAAAAUGUUCCAAACCAGGCACCACAUUUGUAUUGUCUUGUGCCAUGCUUUUAAGUCUUAGCUGUGAUGAGUUUGGGCCAUCACACAGUAAGAAAGGGGAGGACAAAUUUAUCACUGUAUAAGGUUUAGAUUAGAAAGUGGAGGGAGGACAAAUAAUUCUUAGUUCCUUUGUUGCUGCUUUGUUGUCUCUCAUGAAGUUGGAGGAGGAGGUACAAAGGGGAAGAUGUAUAGAUGUAUGGUUCUGUCCAUCAGUUAGGAGAACGAAUGUCUCACUGUGCAGAGUAAGCAGCAACAAAGGAAGUAAGGUAAAGGUAAAGGGACCCCUGACCAUUAGGUCCAGUUGUGAACGACUCUGGGGCUGCGGCGCUCAUCUUGCUUUACUGGCCGAGGGAGCCAGCGUACAGCUUCCGGGUCAUGUGGCCAGCAUGACUAAGCUGCUUCUGGCGAACCAGAGCAGCGCACGGAAACGCCGUUUACCUUCCCGCCAGAGCGGUACCUAUUUAUCUACUUGCACUUUGACGUGCUUUUGAACUGCUAAGUUGGCAGGAGCAGGGACCGAGCGACGGGAGCUCACCCCGUUGCGGGGAUUCGAACCACCGACCUUCUGAUCGGCAAGCCCCAGGCUCUGUGGUUUAACCCACAGCGCCACCUGCGUCCCUAACAAAGGAAGUAUGAGCCACCUAUUCUUUUUUUCUAUCCUAGUGUACAUUGUUCCAUCAGUUUUGUCAUUGGGAUUGCUAGUGCAGGUUGAUAACGCUGGGGGAGCAGAUAUAACUGGACAACUGCUUCUUAUUCUAUCAUUCAUUCAAGGUAGGGUGCGCUUAGUUCUUCCCCUCUUCAUUUUAUAUGCCCAACAGCCCUUCAAGGUAAGUUAUGAUGAGAGCGUGUGAUUGGCCCAGAGUCACUCCAUGAGCUUCGUGGCCGAAUGAGAAGGGCUUUUUUUCUCGCUGGAACUCACCAGAACUCAGUUCCAGCACCACUCAGGUGGGCAACAUUGCCAUUGUAAGAGAACAAGGGAGGUGCCCAUGGUGAGUUCCAGAAUAAUACUACUACUACUACUACUAAUAAUAAAUUUUAUUUAUAUCCCACCCUCCCUAGCUGAAGCCAGGCUCAGGGCGGCUAACAACAAUAAAAUAAUACAACUUUCUAAAAUCAUUUCAUUAUAAAAUUAAUUCAAAUCAAAUUGAUGGCAACCAUUGGGCUAGAGUUCUGUGAAGAUUGCCAAAGGAGGAAGUCAGGCUGUGCCCUGGCCAAAGGCCUGGUGGAACAGCUCUGUCUUGAAGGCCCUGCGGAAAGAUGUCAAGUCCCGCAGGGCCCUAGUCUCUUGUGACAGAGCGUUCCACCAGAUUGGAGCCACAGCCAAAAAAGCCCUGGCUCUAGUUGAGGCCAGCCUAACCUCUCUGUGGCCUGGGACCUCCAAGAUGUUUUUGUUUGAAGACCGUAAGUUCCUCUGUAGGACAUACCAGGAGAGGCGGUCCUGUAGGUACGAGGGUCCCAGAACCUCUUUUUCUAGAAAAAUAGCACUGCCCAUGAACAUUUGGACACCGAUCUCCCAGGUCUUAAUCUCAACACUCUUAACCACCACCCUGGGGCUUGGAUUAAGCAUUCAUAGGUCUGGUUGAAUGGCCACUUUUACUGUAGGGAUGGGCAAUUGGUUUCCUACCUAGGCUCCCAAUUCUAAGACAUCUUCUUUUUCCUGUGUAUAUAACUUGUUUCCAUUUAACUAGGCCUCCCGCUUCUUUUUUCAUCAGAUUAUUUACAUUCUUGUGGUGAAAGUAGGGUCGAGCCUUUCCUUGGUUGAGAGGUCAGUUCAGCCUUUUUUUGGCUAUAAGGGAAGACAAUCAGACCUCCGGGUAUAGGGCGGUAUAUAAAUUCAAUAAUAAUAAUAAUAAUAAUAAAAUGACAUUGCAAUCUAAACCAAAUCUACUCAGAAGUAAGUCUUGUUGAAUUCAAAGGGACUUAACUCUCAGUUAACAUCAAAAUGUUUUAGAGCCGCUGCUGGAUUUUUCAGCGAUGUGAGAUUUAAGAAGAUAAAAAUGUUUCUGCAGAUAACUUGAAUGGCAAAAGCACGAGCAUAAAUACAGGUUACAGCUAGUUUUAAAAGGCAGCAGGCUGCUGACCCGCAGCACCACCAUUUGAUAUGUAGCAUAUAAAAUAAUAAUACGAAAUUUUAACAACUUUCGCCUUUUUCUUUCAGGACAUUGUACCAGUGGAUGCCUCUUACGAGGUUAAGGAGCUGUAUGUGCCUGAAAACAAACUUAAAUUGGCCAAAACAGAUGCAGAGUCUUUACCUGCCCUGGAAAUAAAUAAGGUAAUAUAGGUUUGCAAAGCCCACAAAAGUAUUUUUACUUGUCCAGAUAGAACCUGUGUGAUUUGUGGCAUAUUGAUCUCCCAGUCUGCUAAAACUGUUUUGCCUUGGAGUCUUCUCUUGCUCACCCCUCGUGAUUGGCUGAGUAGCGAUUUGCAAGCUUGAGAUACAGUGGUACCUCAGGUUCCAUACGCGUCAGGUUAUAGACUCCGCUAACCCAGAAAUAGUACCUCGGGUUAAGAACUUUGCUUCAGGAUGAGAACAGAAAUCGUGCUCCGGCGGCGCGGCGGCAGCAGGAAGCCCCAUUAGCUAAAGUGGUGCUUCAGGUUAAGAACAGUUUCAGGUUAAGAACGGACCUCCGGAAUGAACUAAGUACGCAAUCAGAGGUACCACUGUAGCAGGAAUUGGGUUCUGUUUCCAUGAUUCAAUUUCAAACUACAAUUCUGAUUGUUCUGCCUUUCAGCCAUAAGUCUAUCCCCCCCCCCACCCCCGCCCAAUGUGUCAGUGCUUUGGGACAACUUGCCUUACUUUAGGAAGUAUCUUGUUGAUAUCAUUGAACUGGCCUAUUUUCCCUUUCUAACUAGUCUGCCACUGUCUCCGGUAAUUUUCCCCCCUACAGCAUCUGUAUUGCAUCUGAGUAGCCGGUAGUUUAAUAUAAUCACGUUUCUGAAGUCUUCAGUAUGCUAUGCAUUUCCCUUUUUCCACUUCAGUUUAGAUUUAUGCCUCUGUUUUAAUUGGUUAACUUCUCUUUCUGCAGUCCCGAAUUUGGCUGUUGACCCCUGUGGCAUUCAUGCAACUUCAUUAAUCCCUUGUUUGUUAAUGGCUACUUGUCUCUGUUUAUCACUCUGAGCAGCUGUGUCUAGAUGCAGUAAAGCAGUGAUGGGGGAUCUUUGGUCUAAUAUUAUCAACUUUCCUGUUUUAGCUGGAUAUGCAGUGGGUACAAGUCCUGGCGGAGGGCUGGGCAACACCGCUGAAUGGCUUUAUGAGAGAGAGAGAAUACCUGCAGUGCCUUCAUUUUGACUGCCUGCUUGAUGGUAAGACACCUUGAAAUUUACAUACAGUAGCAUCAGUUUAUGUUGGUCAUGUGGGCGGGCUUUGGAUAAUCAUCUCAUUUAGUCUCUUUAAAACAUAGCUUGUCAUAGGUCCAGUAAAAAAUUCAAAGUCAGCUUCAUAAGCCACUUCAAACCAUGAGUCAUGAAGCUAGCCUAUUAAAACUACCCAUUGUUUGUUUUUAAACUAGAGUCAUUGGUUUGAAUGUGAUGCUAAGCUGAGAUUCUUCGAAAGACUCUCGGCUGAGUAUGAGGAAAAGGGGAAAGUUUUGCCCAGGCUCCUUGAGGCAAAAGCCAAUAUUUUUGCAAAUGUGGCUACUGGUAAAAAAACAAAACCCUCCUCUCCAGGGUUUUCCCCAAGCAAUUGGAGACUGCGCCUGCACUUGACUGAUCUUUCCCCUGCCCUUUUCAUUUCUCUCUGUGUUAUGGGGCACCAGGGAGCAGGGCAGCUGUUUGCAACAGGAGGGGGAGACUCCCUGGAUUCUUCAGCAGCCUGUCUCAUCUGUUUCCUGGUUCCCCUCCUCUCCUGCCUCUGAGUCUGGUCUGCCUUCUGCCACAGUCUCUUCCUGCUCACUAAACGCUGUUGUCCCUUCAGCUUCCGACAUCUCCUCCCCACCAGUUUGCUCCCUCUUCUUUCUCUGACCUUACAUCAUUGUCCCACCACCAAUCCCCUGGUUCUGAGCCUUGUUCCCCUAGGGGGUUCCCUUGGAGGUUCCCCAGCUGGUGCCUCCCACCUCUCCUCUGCAUCCAGCCAGACCAUGACAUCACAUAUGGUUGAAACCACAUACAUGAAAUUCAUGUAAGAUGCAUGCGCACAGACACACUCAACACACACAGCUCCCUGUCACAUAUAAUAUAUAUGCACAUGCUUAAAUAUAUUUAUACACACAAACAUAUUUAUUGAUUUAUCUUGUGGACUAGUAGGGACCCAAAAAAAUGAUCUAGAUGUCAUUGCUGAAAAAAAGAAGGAACCUGCCAGGAGUCCAGGGGUCAUAGUGAGUUUCAUAAAGGAGUGAGAAACAUGUAAGAGAAGAGCUAAUAUGUCAAAUGCAUGGAUAGCCAUCUGCAAAACAUUUACUCUACAAAUAUUAUAACCUUGUAUACUAAAAUUUGUUUCUUUAUUGGAAACAAAUGUAGUUCUAAGAAUUCCAGGUAAUAGCUUCCCGCAAGCAUAAAAUCAACUGGCAAUCGUUGAAGCUUGAAGUGAUAAAUGCAGAACGUUUCUUUGUAAGGAAAUGGAUAUUUAAAACAAACCAUGUAUUGUUGUAGGAUCGCCAUGCAUUGCAGCAGGCUGUUGGGUGUCAAAUUCGCAAGACAUAGACAAAAAUGCCAUGUUCCAGAUUAAUUUUGUAGGAACUCCCUAUUAAUAUGUGCACAAGCUUUUUCAGCUUGAGCAUAAGUUUUGUCAGUGUUACAGUAGGUUCAUAUUUUGGAGAUCUGUUCUUGUUAUUAACAUUGAUUUAUUAAUUGCCUUCUAAGUCAGUGUUUCCGAAGCUUGGGUCUCCAGCUCUUUUUGGACUACAACUCCCAUAAUCCCCAUCUAGCAAGACCAGUGGUCAGGGAUGAUGGGAACUGUUGUCCAAAAACAGCUGGAGACCCAAACUUGGCAAACACUGUUCUAAGUGAAGGAGCCUGCCUGAUGCCGGAAGGCAGUGUUUUCCAAAGUGUAGGAACUGCCACAAUGAAAGAUCGAUUUAGUACAACUCCGGAACAAAUGCUAUGUGGCCGUGCCAGUUCUGCGGAUUGAAGUGGUUGAAUGGGUAUAUAUGUACUUUACCAUAGUACUUUUGACAUUUGAGAGAUUAUUGUAUUAUUCCUACUAAUUUUUAUGUGCAUCGGUGAGCUCCCGAUUGCUCGGUCCCUGCUCCUGCCAACCUAGCAGUUCGAAAGUACGUCAGAGUGCAAGUAGAUAAAUAGGUACUGCUCUGGCAGGAAGGUAAACGGCAUUUCCGUGAGCUGCUUUGGUUCACCAGAAGUGGCUUAGUCCUGCUGGCCACAUGACCCGGAAGCUGUACACUGGCUCCCUCAGCCAAUAAAGCGAGAUGAGCGCCGCAACCCCAGAGUCGGCCACGACUGGACCUAUUGGUCAGGGGUCCCUUUACCUUUACCUUAACCACCUUAGUAGAAGUAAUACUGGAGAAUGGAUUGCAUAAGUCAAGUAAGUCUGUCUGUGUUAUACCUACCCCUGCCAAAAUGUGAACUUCCUUUUAUUUCCUCAAAAUGCUUCAGUGGGUGCUUCCAACUUUUCUGCAGCAGUUGGGUAUCUCUUAGCUUCCAAUCUUGCGGAUCACCAGAAGGAAAUAUGUGUCUCUCUGCCCCAGGCAUUAGUUAUUUGCUUCAACUGCAUGACAAUAAGGCAAUUUCAAGCCAAUAUGGCAGGGGCAGUAUUGGGGAACAGUCGUGUGUGCCCUACUCAAUUAUGGAAGAGCUGGGACUUCGCUAAGUUUUUACUGUUGAGUUGGCGGGUUUUUCCACAAGGCACGUUUCCUGGGUGUAUCUGUGAAUUGAUGGCAUUGCAGCUCUUCCAGAGAACCUGGAACCAUUGCAAUAGCAGCCCGAAUGCCGCAUGUGUUUGGAGAGUGCAAUUGCUAUUUGCUUUGCAGUGAGAAUGAAUAUUAGAAUGAGAGAGUCUCAUGCAACUUGAUUCCAUCUUCCAGCUCGGGGCAAGGGAUCUUCCACUUGUACCCAUAAUAGACCUAUUCCUUGGUUGCCUUUACCUAGAUACCAGUCUGGAGAAGUAAAAAAAUUCUGCAAAGGAUUCCCGAGACAGGCCUAUAUCUCAAGUGAACCCAAGGCUAAGUAGCCCUGCUAUGCAUUAGGAAAGGGUGGGCUCUCAGAACAGUAGGCUUUUAAGCACUGCUGUUUUCAGGACACCUGGAUGAUUUUUCCAUUUAGAUGACAACUACCAUUGCGUUGCUUCUUCUUCUUUUUUCACCCUACAGGGGGAAUCAUUAACCUGUCAGUGCCUAUAGUGUUGACAGCCACAACGGAAGACAAGGAGAGACUAGAUGGCUGCACAGCUUUUGCUCUGCUGUAUGACGGUCGCCGUGUGGCUAUUCUCCGCAAUCCAGAGUUCUUCGAGCACCGGAAAGAGGAACGCUGUGCCCGGCAGUGGGGGACAACGUGCAAGGACCACCCUUACAUCAAGGUAGGCUUUUGCAAGGCUUGCUAACCUGAAGCUCUUAAUGAAGUUCCAUACAGAAGUGCGAGGAAUAAUCCAUAUGCAAACCACAGCCCAGAUUCCAAUCUUCCCUAGCAAAUUCUCUCUCCCGUUUGGUACAGCCGACUGCUUGUGGACACAUUCUGUGGCCAUUCAGAGAGUGGAAGCCUGUCUCGGAUGAUUGUGUGUGCAUAUAUGGAUAGAUAUGUGACAGAAACAGAUUUAGGAUGAGCCCCGUAGUCUGCCAGGGAAGAUCAGAGAGAAUUUUGUCCUCUCCUGUGGUUUAUAAAUGUAGCCUUGUGUGCAAGAGACAUAGAGGAAGCACACCAAAAUGAAUUACUCAGCAGCGAUGACAGGAAAACAGCUGGCUGCUCUGCUUCAGGGCUUGGCUCAGCCGGAUCAGAAUAUUUAGAGCCCAGUCUUCAAGUUAAUGAUUUUUUUUUUAAUGCUAUGUUAAUUGUUAAAUGGCCCUAAUUCAGGUCAUAGUUCAAAUUCUUAAAUGGGGUAGAAUGCCAGUUUUGCUGCAGGUAUGCUUGGGCAAAAGUGGAUUUUGUGGGGCUGGGUUGGAAAAAAACAUUGUGAAGGCAGGGGUGGGGAGAGAACUGCCUCGCUCCAUCUAUGGGGCAGGUGGGGAACUGAGUUUGUCUCCCUCACCCCCCACCAACAGAACGAAUGCUCUGCCCCAACCACUAGUUGCCUUAGGUCUGGGAAACACAAUCUGGCCUCUGCUGUUGAAGAGUUUGGAUUUGGAUUUGAUAUCCCGCUUUAUCACUACCCGAAGGAGUCUCAAAGCGGCUAAGAAUCUCCUUUCCCUUCCUCCCCCACAACAAACACUCUGUGAGGUGAGUGAGGCUGAGAGACUUCAAGAAGUGUGACUAGCCCAAGGUCACCCAGCAGCUGCAUGUGGAGGAGCGGAGACGUGAACCCGGUUCACCAGAUUACGAGUCUCAACCACUACCCCACAUUGGCCAGAGGAGCAACACUGUAGGAUGAGUUGCAGAACAUGUAUUCAAGGAAGGCAGAGAGAGUCUGGCGUAGUGGUUAGAGUGUCGCACUAGGACCUGAGAGAGCAGGGCUCAAAUCCCCAAUCCGCCAUGAAGCUCACUUGGUGACUUUGGGCCAGUUGCUGCUUCUCAGCCUAACCUACCUCACAGGGUUGUUGUGGGGAUGAAAUGAGGAGGGGGAGAACCAUGUACACCACCUCGAGCUCCUUGGAGAAGAAAGUGGGACCUAAAUGCAGUAAAUAAAUAAACAAACCACCAACAGUUUGGCCCCAAAUGGACACAAAAGCCCGUUUCCAACUCACCAUUUUUGUUACGGCAUUGUCAAACUGAUCCCCUUCCUCUGCAUUUCUCCCACCCCCACCCCAAUUCCCUUGUAUAUGUUUUCUUUUUAAUUUGUGAGCUUUUUUUAAAAAAAGUGAGUUAUUUUGGGGAAAGUUGGAUGAAAAUAAAUAUGUGAAGUAUAGCUUGGCACGAUGGCGCCAGGGGCAUAUAGCAGCUCUGUUGCGAACUAGGUGAGGGCAUCUCGAACACCACCUUCACUAGUCUUAAAGCGUCAACAGUGGCUCCUGAUCAAUUUCUGGGCCCAAUUCCAGGUGCUUGUUUAAAACGCCAUAGUCCUGUUGGAUCAAUCAAAGACAUCUUGGUUCCGAUAAUGGCCAUCUACUCCUGUUCCCAGCAAGUGGCCUUAAGUGGUGUGCUGAGAGCCAGUGUGGUGUAGUGGUUAAGAGCGGUGGACUCGUAAUCUGGUGAACCGGGUUCGCGUCUCCGCUCCUCCACAUGCUGGGUGACCUUGGGCUAGUCACACUUCUCUGAAGUCUCUCAGCCUCACUCACCUCACAGUGUUUUUUGUGGGGGAGGAAGGGAAAGGAUAAUGUUGGGCCGAUUUGAGACUCCUUCAAGUAGUGAUAAAGCGGGAUAUCAAAUCCAAACUCUUCUUCUUCUUCUCUGAUAGCGGAGCAGAAUUCAGUCAUUGUAACUAUUGGCCAUUGAUAGCAGUGCCCAAUCCCCAAAUCUGAAAUUCAGAAUUAAAAACAGCUUAGACAAAUUGCAGGAAUAGUGUUGCAUGCUGUUGAAACAACUCCCUUCCUUAAAUUUCAUAGAUGGUCAUGGAACAAGGGGAUUGGCUUGUGGGGGGUGAUCUCCAAGUCCUUGAUCGCAUUUACUGGAAUGAUGGCCUUGACCAAUACCGUCUCACACCUGCUGAACUAAAGCAGAAGUUCAAAGACAUGAAUGCUGGUAAGUUAUUGCAUGAAGAGGGGUGGUGUGAAAGUGAGCAAGAGACAGAGAAAUUCAUUUCCCGCUGCCCAGAAGCUCACCAGCAAUGUCUCUUUCAGCAAAGGGCAGCACAGUACCAGUGGGAUUUUACUUUAUUUCCCCUUUUUGUUUUGAACAAAACACAAUUUCUGUGAUUGCAGUCCUAAAAAAGCAGUAGUGAAGGACUGCGGUCAAAGUAGUUCUGAAAGUGUUUGCUUGCCUUCCAAAAGUGAUCGGCGGUGGUAACAACUUUUCAAACACCUUUGGUGAUGUGUGCCCAAGUUUUGCUGCACCUUUUAAAAGACUUGCCAGGUAAAUCCCAGCGUGUGGUGAAUCUUAUGGUCUCUCUCAGUACUUCGACUGUUUUGCCUUUGUUGAAUUGUCCUAGAUUUUCUUGUGAAAGCAAUAAAAAAAAAGUCCUUGCAAAGGAACAAACCACAUGUGUCUCACAGGGAACUCAGAGUGCGAUGAAAGGUAUUACAGUUUUUCUGAAAAAUUAGUUUUGGGAAUAGUUUUGCUAGCUUCACAGCCGAGUUGAGAAAUCCGCAGCCUGUUAGGUUGUUUGUUUUGUUUUCCAUUUUUGUGUUUCGUGUUAGAGAAAUAAGGAACAGACCAAGCAGUAAUAAUCUGGCAGCUGAUUGUUCUGUGCUGUUUUAGCUGGGAUAGUGAGAGCAGCCUCCUGUACAACUCUCAAAAGGGUGCUUGGGGGAAGGCGGCUGAAAACAGAGGCAGGGGAAAAAUAAAAACCCAUGUUCUUCUUUGAAAUAACCAAAUUAUAAUAGGUAGGACCCCAAGCUUGAAUUAAUUUUGGUUUUAUAUCGGAGAGAGGCGGGUUAAAUCUCCAUUGGUAAGGUUGAUAUUUAAGGGUGAACUUUUUUCUUUGAAUUUAUUUUGGCCCUGAGAUAUUUCUUUAAUAGGGCAAAAGGGCAUGGCAGCAUAUGUGAAGGCGUUGUGCUAAAGGGUUGGGUUUUUGGAAGACAGUACUUUUAGAGUUAUAUAAUUAUAACUGGUAAUUCAUUCACCUGAGUUAGCUUUAUUAAAUAUAUUUCAGAGUCAGAAUGCAGAUAUCUUAUUUAAAUCUCUCAUUGCUUACCCACUGUUUGCCCGGUUUGGGAAAGACUUGGAAGGGGUGUCCUUAUCAAAUUGGCUUAAAGGAGCUUGGACCGAUGGAGAAAUUGAACAACAAAAUAUGGUUAGCUCAUGAGCGAGACACAAGGACUCAUUUACAACUGACUACAUAAAUAAGGAAAAAAAUUCUGAUAUUUUUUUUGAGACAUCCAGACUUUUUGUCGUUGUUCUGUGUCUUUAGACUGCUGAUUGUGUAUUCUUGUGCUGUAUUUUCACAAUAAUUUUUGUUAAGGGUUUUGUGUGUUAGUUUUCCAAAAAGUCCAUAAAGUUAUUUUUUUAAAAAUAGAAAAAAGUUUUGUGGAUGUGUUUGCAGUGGGAAGGAACUUCUAGUAAUGAGUAGUAGUUUUAGAAAACAUUCUUUAGAAUAUACUGGACCUAAAGUUUUGCUACUGUACUGUUAGUAUUACUUAAAUUGAUCAGCUCAUUCAAUCAGUUAGAGUAGACAGCAUGUGGCACUCCAGAUGUUCUUGGACUACAGCUCCCAUGAUCCUUCACCACUGGCCAAGCUGUCUGGGGCUGAUGGGAAGUGGGGUCCCAUCUGCAUGGAAUCUCAUUUACCUGCCCCGAACAAUUUCUAAUCUCUGCAGGGUUCUGUAUAUUUCUUCCUUCCACUUCUAAGUUCGUGAUUGUAUUUAGUUUUUGUCUCUUUUUCAUUUGCCAUGCCAACAAUUUACCACAUUUAUUGGCCGACCCCGAACUAGAAGUUAGGUAAUGGAAUUUAAAACCUUCCGUUGUCUUAAAAAGAAGCAACUUGACAUUUACAGAUCUUGAGUAGCUUGUUUGGAAAACCAAACAUAACACGAGAACUGAGCUGCUGCACUUUUCUGUAGUAAAAAAAAUGAGCAAUGAGUAGAAACAGGACUUGUUAUACUUGGGUUAAGAAAACGGAGGCUCUAGUCCAGUGAUAGCAAGUCAUGUGGAAAGAGAUUUCCAUGCGUGGCGAAGUUGAAGUGGGAAAACACACACACACCCUCUUUCCACUAUGAAAGGGAGAAGCAUCUUUUAUCUCCCCCUGCUUUGCCCCAUGUAGUGUCUGAUUCUUGCCAGUUUUGAUAACUUCUAAAACAUGUUUAGGGCAAGGGGGAACUCGCUGCUCCUGUAGCAAUGAGUGUUUCAUUUGGGGUUGGUUUUUUGUGGAAUGCCUAUAAUGCAUACAAAAAUUCCCUUGAUUCAAGGGAAUAUGUUGAUCGGCCAAGCCUCUUUUGAUUCUUGGUUUCGCUACUCUUUUAUUUUCAGCCAUUUAUCUAAUUGAGAGCUAUUUAAAUAUCCCUGUCAGAGCUCUCAUCGCUCAGUUCGCAGCAUUGAGACAUUACACGACCAGUGAUGAGAUGCGGCAGCCCUGUGCUGCUGGGCUGCCGUUUGAAGGAUCCUUGGCGCCAAACGCAGGUGACAAUAGUGCUGGCGAAAUGUCAUAUGAUUGUAGAAAAUGCCAGGCAGCCAGCCACUGGCUGAGACUUUAAAUAUUCCCAAUAGAAGUACAGCCCUGUGUAGUAGUGUUCAUUGCAGCAACGUUGCUCUUUGAUCUCUCAAAUGCUUGGCACUGUCAAGCGGACAGCUGUGUUGUCGUAUCUCUCUUCAGUCGUCUGGCAGGGUUCCUGUCACCCACCCAUUCCUCUCCCAGCUGCAUUGGGAGCGAAGCCUUUCUGCAAAUGAUAGACUGUGCAAGGUCUGAAACCGAGGCCUAUAGAACAUUGCAGGCUGCUUGUCGCUGACGGCUUCUGCCUGAAUGAAUAACUGUCAAGCAUAUUGGCUCUCUCUUUCUCCCCUUAGACGCUGUCUUCGCCUUCCAGUUGCGCAACCCUGUGCACAGCGGACAUGCCCUGCUAAUGCAAGAUACUCAUAAGCAGCUUCUGGGUCGAGGUUACAGGCGCCCAGUCCUCCUUCUGCAUCCUCUGGGGGGCUGGACAAAGGACGAUGACGUUCCUCUGUCAUGGCGGAUGAAACAACACGCAGCAGUCCUGGAGGAAGGGAUAUUGAACCCAGAAACGACUGUGGUGGCCAUAUUUCCUUCUCCCAUGAUGUAUGCUGGACCAACUGAGGUAUAACGAGUGGUGUUUUUGUUCUUAGUUCAUCCCGACUGAUUUCCCUGAUGUUCGUUUGUCAAUAUGGUCUCCUUCGGAGACAACCACUACACUCCAAAACCCUUGCGUGGUGGUUGUGCUGCGAGGAGUUUCCAGAGUUUGGUUUCAAGGCCUUAAAUGGGAGGUCCUUCAGAAACUUCCUGUUUACACUUAAAGGGGCUUGUUGCGCCAUCUCUUCCUCUUCCCUUUAUUUCAAAGGUCAUAUGAGUGCUCUUUAACAGGUUGAAUCGUGGCCAAAGCUGAAAGAGCUGGGUUCUCUUCUUAUUCCAAUGUUUUUCGUCUGAUCUACAUGGAGUUGAGGAAAACAGCUGAGAAGGGAACAUGCUUUUGGCAGACUCCUUGACUGAGCAAAUGGCUUCGAGGCAUGACAUGCAGUGCUAUAAAGAUGGCUUUCUUUCAAUCUGCGAUUUAGAAAUAUUUGAGUUGCUUAUUGGUGGGGAUUAAGCUUUUUUAUACCCUAUUGCCAUUUUGCAUUUUGUAAAGCUUUUGAGGUCGUUUCACUUCUGUUCCCUCCCAAUUGCUUAAAGUCCAUUUACUUUUAGGCCAUUUAGCUUGCUUGCUGGGGUGGUGGCGGUGGUGAGUAAAAUUCAUGCAGAAGGCCGAACCACAUUAAUCCUAGGAUUCAGGUGAAAUAUAUCCUGCCAUUUCUUUUGAUGAUCUUUCUAAUCUGUGUCCUAUCUGUAUUUUGAAAGAGUCUCUCACUUGAUGGACUCUUCAGCCUAGGGGAGAAGACUGGACUAAGGUGAGGUAGCAUGUAGGAUAGUAAACGCAACUUGGGACUUCUGUCCAGGGAAAUUCUACUAAAAAGGUGCUAAACUCAUAGCGUCAAAGCUGUGGGGUCUUGCAUUGUUAGCUAGCCAUCAUGCCCUUUGUGUGUGUGUAUAUAUAUAUGUUUAAAAAAGGUGUUUGCCUCAAAUAACUGCAGAGAGCUUUGCAAAAACUCAAAACAGAAAACUAUAAUCUUAAGAAUUCUGAUACUUGGGCAAUGCAAAUGUUUUUGUGUGGAGAAUUCCAUCCUUUGGAUCUCUGGCAUCUUCCUUUCAGGCUUUCCUUUUCAAGACUUCCCUUAUCUCCAUUUUACAUUCCUAAAAUGCUAGUUUAUUCUUGGAAGACCACUGUCCAUGCAUAUUUUUAAUGCUUCACACUAUGGGCUAUCACACUAUCUGGAGCAGGGGUUGGGUAAAUCCUGUUCACUACAAUGGAAACAGAUAACAUGCCUGAUCCCUUAACUACCAUAUUUAUUGUGUUUUCCGAAAACUUUGCAUGUGAACAUGCUUUCCCUUGUGGUUUUGAGAUGUGCGUUUGGAGAACAUGGAAGCAAGGAGCUGAACAAAACCUGUAAACACUGUUUUCAGUCAUGGAUGCAAAUAAAAUAAGAAAUGUUCCUUUAUUUAUGCCGCGUUUUUCAAUGACCUCAGAAAACCAUUUGCCAAUAGUGUGUUUUAGACAACUAAUAAAAUACAACUCUUCCUUUAAUCAUUUUCUGUAGGUCAUUUAGAAGACAUUGGUACCAGAUUUGUUUCUGUAGCACAAAUGACUUGCAGAACAACAGACAGCUGCUAAGCCAAUAUGGUUAUCAACUGUCUGAACAUAGUUUCCCAGUCAGUAAAGAUUUAAUGGACAUGUUUUGUUGGUCUCAAUCUGAUAUAUAUAUUUUUGAAACUCCUUUAAAAACAAGCUUUUUAUGGGGUGCUGUCCAAUAAGCUAGGAAAUUGUGUUUUCAGCCUAUAGGUUUAUUACCUACAUGAUAGCAAAAUAUAUGUUUGAAAAGUAUAGAUACUUUUGCAGGAGUGGGGUUGGGGUAAAUCCUGAUUGCUAAAAUCAUUGGGGAAGAUCAGUGCAUAGCGGCUUAUGUCCAACACUAUCAGUCUUUUGGAAAACAACCUUGCUCAUGAACCUUAUGAAUUUUUACCAGUAGGAUGGGAAUCUUCCUUCCUUGCUUGAUUUGCCUACAGCAACCUAAAGCAAAUAAUUUUCCAAAUCUGUCCUAAACACCCAGAGCUGGAGUGGCACAGCUGUGCAUCAUUGUUUAAAUAGGACAUACUGGUGUAGAGCAAACUCCUAAAAGUUUGGGAUAACAAGGGGGGGGGGGGACCCACAUGUUUUUGAAACAUAUCUCCCUCCAGCUGCAGCAUAAUCUGUAGUGCAUGUCCCUCCUUCUUGUGGUCAAGGUGAAAAUGUUUACCACUUGUUCACUCUGGCAAUUGUUCAGAUUAGCUGCUGGCUGUCAUACUUGCACUCUGGUGUGCAGAGGGUUUGGGUGGUAAACUUCUUUUGCUAAUACAGUGGUACCUCGGGUUACAUACGCUUCAGGUUACAUACGCUUCAGGUUACAGACUCCGCUAACCCAGAAAUAGUGCUUCAGGUUAAGAACUUUGCUUCAGGAUGAGAACAGAAAUUGUGCUCUGGUGGGGGGGCGGGUCGGCAAGAGGCCCCAUAGGCUAAAGUGGUGCUUCAGGUUAAGAACAGUUUCAGGUUAAGUACGGACCUCCGGAACGAAUUAAGUACUUAACCUGAGGUACCACUGUAAUCUGUGCGUUUUAUAAUGUCGCAUUUUAAAGUGUUUUGAAAAAAGUUGUGAGUGUGAUGGUUGCAGUGGUGCCUGCACUUUUUUCAAAGAGGGCCGGAUUUGAUGAAGUGAACAUGUGUGAGGGCCGACCAAAGUUGUUGAGCUUUUUGGGGAAUUUAACCCCAAAGUUGUUGAGCUUUUCCUACAAUUUUACCCCAAAGUUGUUGAGUUUUUUUUUUAGCAUUUUACCCCAGGACAUAUACUGCCACGGGGGCUGGAUUAAAUUGACCGGCGGGCCAAAUUAGGCCCCUGAAACGGACCUCAGACAUGCCUGGUUUAAAGCUUUCUCUGAAACCUGACGUCUGACUUGCAACAUAAUGUGCCAGAAAAGAAGAAAGAGCUUGACUGCAUCUGUAGUGGCACUGACGUGUUAUGUUAAUGUUUAUUUCUGUGCUGCCUUUCAGCCCAAAAAAGCCCCCAAGCAGACUCACAAGAGAUACAAUAAAUAAAUAAUGUUAGAUACCAGAUAAAAAUCUUUUGGGCAGUAUUCAGCACACCAUGGAAAAGCUUAGAGGACACACUAGCCUGGAAUCUGUACAAGAACUUUAUUAUUUCUCUCCAAGAGGAACAGAACAGCAACAGGAAAACUCCUGAUUCUGCUGCACUGCCACCUAGUGAUUAAACUAUAUAAUGACACAAUCCAAGCACAUUACUUACUAUGAAAAGUCUUUUUCCGCCCUGAAUUUUGUAACUUUGUCUUUUGUGUUUUGUUUGUGUUGUCACUUCUGGGUAGAUGAGAAACUCUGCAGUCUUUGACUACUGCAGAGGAGCUUGCAAGCAAGGGUGGGGGGAGAUGAGUGAAUGCUAAGAAGUAUAAACCUUUUCAGCUUGCAGUUCUGGAGCUAUUCUUAAGCAUCCAGCUUAAAAUGAAUAAUUUUUGUUGCAAACACUUUUUAUUAGCAAUUUAUUUUAUUAUGUCAAAAGGAUGUGAAUUGGAAAUCUCCUGGCUGGAAUAAGCAAAAUGGUGUUGUUUUCCUUGAGCAAAGGUUCUGGAAAAAAUUAGGAGAAUCUCAGCUUACUACUUCUCUUUCCUCUGUGGUUGUGCAAAAGCCUCAGAAACUCACAGAUGAAUAAAAGAUCUCUAACAAACCCACAAAAUCCAUCUCAUGAUUAGCGCUGCAAAGUUGGAUUGAUUAACUGGUUAGAUUAUUCUUAUUUUUUAAAACAAAAUCUGUCGCUUGACUACAAAGAUGCCCAGGCUAACUCUUGUUAUUUUUGUUUUUAAAAGCAUUUUUUAAAAUUAGAAGUACAUACUCAGGGUUGCAGGUUCGAUGCCCGUAUGGGACAGCUGCAUAUUCCAGCACUGCAGGGGGUUGGACUAGAUGAUCCUCAGGGUCCCGUCCAACUCUGUGAUUCUAUGACCUAUAUAAUUCUAUAUCUUUCCAGGUUUAUUCUGGUUUCAAAUAAGGGUUAAUAUUAUGGCAUAAAACGGUAGCAUUCAGAUUAACUGGUAGCCUAGGAAACCCUCCUACAACAUGAAGGGCAAUAUGGCCACACACCCAGCAAUUACCGUAAUUUUCCAUGUGUAAGACGAGGAUUGUUUAUUUUAAAAUUAUGUUACAAAUUGGGGGGUUGUCUUAUACACGGAUAGUGCAGUGUGGGAACGGGCGCUUGGUUGCUUCCGCGAGCAGGAGAUAGUCAGUGGCAAUUGGGCGGGUGAUUGGAGACUGCGGCAAGGGCUGUUGUAGAUUAGCUGUUGCUGCAGCAAUUGGGCGGGUGAUUGACAGGUGCUAGUGGUGACCAGGCAGACGAUUGGUGACUUUGUCGACGUGUGAGAUUGCCUGCGUUUGUUUGGUGGGUGAAAGAUUAUCAGGAAUCCUCCCCCAAAACAGCUCAACAGCCCUGGGCAAUCCCCCCUCAAAAAACCCAACAAGUCUGGGCAAUACGCUCCCCACAAAAAGCUUAACUUUUGGCAACCUCCCCCCAUUUUCUUAAUUUGGAGUCCCCCAAAAUAGGGGGCGUCUUAUACACGGGGGUGUCUUAUACACAGAAAAAUACGUAUUUCUCUGGGCAAUGGGUUCACUCAUGACCUUGAAACCAUCUCACCAGCUUUUUGCUUUCUGCUUCUACACGCCAUCCCCCCAACUUGUUGCUCUUUUAAGAAUCCAGUUUCCCUCCUUGUCCAUGCCUUCCCACUUUAGCUAACCAGAGUUGAAUGCAUGACUGCAAUUGAAAGCUUUCCUUGGCACUAGUCUCUGUCUUGUCCAGAGGCAUGCCUUUAUGGUCACUUGAUCAAAGGGGAGCUAAUUGACUCAAAUGGGUAGCCUCCCCUCGAGAGUGCUAGUUUUGACUCCUGGCAGGAAGGUUUCUUUGCCAUGGGGCCGUCUACUGUUUUAGGGAACUGCUGUACAAAUUACUUUCAAGUAUUGCCUUUCCGAAUGGUGUGUGUGUGUUCACCCAUACCUAAUAAACAAGUGGGUGACCACAGUAGCUCUGCUGUGGGUGAGCACAUGACCUGGAGGCUUAUUUCGGAGAGCUGGAGAAUACUUUUUUGCUUUCUUGUACAGCGAGUGAUGGGCUUCUUCUCCGGUUUCCAUGGUUCCAUCCUCCCUUCUGCUAACUUUGCUUUUCCGAUCUCAUCCUAGGUUCAGUGGCAUUGCAGGUCGAGGAUGGUAGCUGGAGCAAACUUCUACAUUGUGGGUCGAGAUCCUGCCGGCAUGUCUCAUCCCGAGACUGGAAAAGAUCUCUACGAUCCAACCCAUGGUGCCAAAGUGCUGACUAUGGCGCCAGGCCUGAUAACGCUGGAAAUCGUACCCUUCAGAGUGGCAGCUUAUAACAAGAAAAAGAAAUGCAUGGAUUACUAUGACUUGGAACAGUAAGUUUUUUCGGUUUUAAGAGCUGAUUAAUGUCCCACGGUCCCACACAGUACGCUGGAUAUGGUGAUUUGGAAUUUGGCUUUGCACACCAGCACGUCUCAGCAUAUACCUUUCAAGUAAAUUCUCAUUUCUUGGGGUCCAAGGUCCAUUCAUUCCUGUCUUGUUUGGAAACCAAUGGCCCCCACUGGAAACCAUUUAGCGAUUUUAAGCUGGUAUCUUGUGAACUUUGUAUAACCGCCCCCCGAAAACCAACUUGAAUCUGCGCUGCUCUGAAUUUGCUUUGCCAGUCUGGGUGGCCUGGGAAUGAAACCAGGCUGUGUUCCCGUAUCUAUCAUACAAAAUAUUGCUUUGCCACGAUAAUGUAGGCCAUGUUUCAAAUUUUUGUUUCAAACUUCUUCUUUUAAGAGUUUAGUUUCAGGUUACACAUGAUACUGUUGUUCAGUUUUACAAGUUUCUAGGUUAUGUUUCAAUUUCAGUAUGUUUAUAAUUAUGGGCAGUACUUUUGUCUGUGGUACCUGUCUAAAAUCCCUCUGUAUAAAUCUUUAAUUUUUUUGUUAGCAUACUUUAUGCAGAAUGCUGCGUCGUGUAGGACAGAAAUCAGAUGCAAGGUAGGCUGUAGAUUCACGUCACUGACAGAUUUAAGGAAGCCUAUUUAUGCUUCAGAUAGAAAAACAGUAAAUAAAGAAACCUACAAAAAGAGACCUCAACAAAAUACAGCGGAUCAGUCGGUUUAUUUUUAUUCAUUUAUUUAAUUUAAAUAUUUAUAAGACACACUUUCAUAUAAAAUAUUGUUGGCAAGCAGAGGCAUUAUGUUGCAAAGUUGGUGCAAAAUCAGGCAUGCAUAAUUUUAUAAACUUCUAUUAUCUCAUCUCUUACUCUCCUCCUUCUCUAAGCUAAAAAGACCCAAACAUUGCAACCUUUCUUCAUAGGGAAGUCGCUUCACCCUUUGGUCGUCGCUCUUCUCUAAACCUUUUCCAGCUCUACAAUAUCCUUUUUCGGGUCAGGCGGCCCUACACACCGUAUUCCAAAUGCAGCCUGCACCAACAAUUUGUGCAAUGUUGUUAACGAUACUGUUUAAUUUCCAAGGUUUUUAAUUAAGAUAUGCUGCAUCAUGGAGGAGAUUAAGGGGGGGGAAUGAUAGUUUCCAUAACAUCACCUCUCGUAUGAGAGGCAGAAAGAAAUUCUGACACAAUUUCAUGCAUUUUUUAGCAUGAGUUGCGCAAGCAGCCCUAGUGACAAUCCUGUUCUGGCUCCGUGCACAGUGUCACAAAUCCAAUAUUCUGUCAUCUGUUGGGUUGGUUGGUCACACAGGGUUAAUCCUCCAUUAGAAAGCAGGGCCAGUGAAUGUGGUGUUUCUUCUGGAACACACACACACACACACACACACCAGAUUCUGGGAGGGCCCAGUCAGGAAGCCCAGCUGGGAGUUAGCAUUCUUGUUUUUAUGUUCCGUAGCAACGUCACUCUUAUUUGUCUCGCUGCUUCGUGUGGACAGGCAUUGUCUGUCACACGGAUUAGCACCUUGGAUGUGUCGGCUGGGAAUGGUGUCUGUACUUAGGCCUGCACUCGCUCGCAGCCAAGCUCUGCCCCGAAUCAAACCCCAGCGAAGUUUCCAGAGCAGCCGGCCUUGUGGCGCAGGUGGCUGUUUGCUGGUUGGUGGCGGCCUGGAAAAUGUAUACUUCCCCUGCUGUAUAAAAACAGCUCGCUGCAUGCUGUGGCCUUUUCCAUCCACGAGGCACGGCGGUGGUGGGGAAAAAGAAAAAAGCAUGCGGCCGGGCAAAAGCUUCCAAGUGGUUCUUAAUUAAUUAGGCUGUGCCGAUGUGUUUACUGUAGCUGGAUUGGAAAGAAGAUGGCUGGCAAGACGUGAAAGCAGAACUCCCAUUUGGAAUGGUGUCUGCAGCAUGAAGCGCAGAUGUAGGGUGAAAGAUUCUCAGAAGAAGGUGCCUAGGGAGCGGCGCUUUAAAUCCCCCUUCAAAAGGGAAGCAUGCCAGCCGACAGAGCUACACACACACACACACACACACACACACACACACACACACACAGAGCUUGGCACUCUGGGGGAAUAUAAGGCUUUGAUUGGCCUCCUUUCCCCUCUUUUAAUCAAAAAGUCGGAACAGAACAAACUUGUAGGCUUUUAUUAUUCCAUUUCCUGUGCCAGACAGCAGGUCAUGCUCAAAUCUUCUACAUAAAUAUGGGUAUUGUCACUUGAGGAAUUUUUGAUUAAACAAAAUGCAGCGUUGGAGCAGUUUAUUGCCUGAAGAGACAAGCAGCGGCCCUAGAGCACGAUACAGAUUGUCUGUUCUUCUCUUCCCCUUCCCCUCACCCAGUGCCAUUUGUAUUUGAAUCGGAAAGACGUUUUUGAAACCUUGGCAGGCACCAGCCACAUAUUUUAUUUUUUGCAGGCCCAAUGCGCAAAGUGGAAAAUUGGGAAGGAGUGUGCAUAGGGAAUGUUUCACAAGGGGGAAAUUAAGAUGGGUUUAGUCUUCCCAGAGUUUUAGACUCGGUCUUGGACUAUCAAUAGCAAGCAUGUUCCUCAAUUGUGUAGGUAGCACUUUGUCAAGACUUCUGGACGAUCCAAGCAAUGAAUACAGUAGGAGGGCUUUUGAAGUAUUGAAAACAUUGAUUGUGAUGAAAGUUUGCCAGUAAACACACACACACACACACACACACAGAGAGAGAGAGAGAGAGAGAGAGUGUUUGGCCAGUUAUCAGACUGCUUAUGAUGAAAGAACAUCUGGCCUAUUUAAUUUUUUUUUUUUAAGAGUACAUGUAUUUGGCCAUGUGAGGAUGGGUAAAUAUUACAAGACAAGACUUGGCAAGUCAACCAUAUUGUUUUGGUGGUGCACAGAUUCAUAAGCUUUUAUUGGAACACUACAAUUUAGCCACAGGGUGCUGCUCAGAACAAGCAUUGUUCAGCAUGGAAAUGUGUCUUGCAAAAAACCCAAGAGAAGUCCCUUUGGAGAAGUUAAUAGUCCUGUGUCUUUGCAAUAUUGGAUGUCCCUUUAUCCCUUGCAGAGUUUUUGUAUACAGUGGCUCUAGGAAGUUUAUAUCCGCUUCUGGAGCAUUUGUUGUUGGCCCAAGAGAAUGAGAGGUGGUUGCCACACAUGCUUCUUGACUGAUGGCUACAGUUUAGCAGGAGGGUCCUUUAGCUUAGUUAGAGAAACACUUGCUGUGCAUUCAGAAUUUGAUAGCUCAGCUAGAACGUGUACUGCUGCGUAGCAAAGGUACAAGCAAGUCCCAAGAGGAUGGUAGGAAUGAAUGUCAAGCAGAAUUGUGGAAAACUUGCCCAGGUGAGGAAGAAAAAACCCUGGACUAAAAACUCUUGCAAGUACUGGGGGGCGGGGGGGCUUUCACUCUUCCCUAUUUUAAUAAACCUCUUAUUAUCCAGCCAGACUAAUUGGAUUCAGAUCAGAAGAGAGAAAGUAGUUCUUCGAAUGCAGUACAUAAUAUGCAGAGUGCUGUAUUCCACAAGACGUCGUGAUGGCAACGAAAGCUUAGAUGGCUUUAGAAAACGGGGAUUAGCCAGAUUAGAAAUCUCUAUCAGUGGCUAUUAGGCAUGGAAACUUAAGCGGAAACACAUUUUGUGGUGGCUGUGUGCCACUGAAUGCUGCUUGUUGGAUGACAUCGGAAUGGCAAAGCUGUUGCUUAUGUGCCCUGCUUGUGGGGCAUCUGAUUGCCCAAUGUAGGAAACAGGACACCAAGCUAGAGGGGCGCCUGGCGCAAUCCUGCAGGUGUGCUCUUACGUUACAUCCUUAUGACUUCUCAUAUGGCACGUGUUGUUUUGAAGCCAAAGAGAAACAUAAACGUUGCUCUUUCUGAUCCUCCACAUUUUAAUGAUUGACGCUAUGAGAAUUGUGUUUUUUUUAACCUUUAUCUUUUCCAUUUAUGAAUUGCUUCCCGUUACGCAUCCCGAAGCAGUUUACAAUAUAAUAACAUAUGUAAAAGCAGUUUUUUAAAAUAAAAAACCCCAGUUAUAAAUACAAAACAGUUUAAAACAACGGCAUAUACAUAAAACCCAAUUCAAAUCCAAGGCAGAUACCAACUGGGAUAAAGGUCUUAGAAGACUUUAACGGGUGCCAGAAAGACAAUAGAGAAGGCAUGGGGCUGGUAUGCAGUGGGAGGGAGUGCCAAAGGUUAGGUACUGCCUCACUAAAGGCUGGAUUCCAACAUUGUGCAGAACAGACCUCAUGUAGGAUGGCAUCUGCAGGACUCCUCCUCCUUCAGAAUGCAGUGAUUGCUUGGGGAUGUAGGGGAUGAAGCAAUCUUUUUGCUGAGGUGGAUUUAGGGCCGCGUGACCCAUUCCACCACACUGGGCGCUGAGCCUAGGGGACACCGCAGGUCACAGCAACUAUGACAUAGUUAUUUGAGCAGGUGAGAGGUUUUUUUUGGGGGGGGAGGCGGGAUUUGGCCUUGUACAGGGCACCGCUGAAAUUUGAAAGGCCAAAGUCCGCCCCUGCUUUUAGAUCUUUUUGUCACAAGCUGUAUAGGACUUUGCGCACCAAUGCCAGCACCUCAAACCUAUCCCAGUAGCUAAUCGGCAGCCAGUGUUGAAAUAUUCUUAUAAAAAGCAAAACAUCGUACGGAAUUUUUUAAAAAAACCGUUCCUGCCCCAAAGAUUGCAAUUUAAUAAACAGCAUAGAGAUUUUAAAAAAAGAAAUCGGACACUCAUCUAACCAACUUGGGUAUAAUGGAAGCCUCUAUUUGUUAAGGUUCUUAAAGGAUGAACCAGUUGAGUGUACCAGAUCUCAACAAAAGCAGAGUAUUGCAAGCAAAAGAGAGAGAAUGACUCGAGUUACAAAUCUGCUACCGAGAUAGGAAAGGGGAAAAAAGGACCAAGGUCAAAACAAGUCCCUUGAACAGGACCCAGACAUGAAUGGGCUUCAAAAAGGCAAAAUACGAAUGUACCAACACAAACCUGCUCACAGUCAAAGUUGAUGGACAUCAUUAAGGAUUGCUCUUCAUGCAGUUCUGCUUGACAGGGGCAAUCAAAGAAUUGCAACAAUCCCACCUUCAAUUGCAUACAAAAUAACUGGAUGUUGCAACUUCGUAUCCAGUGAAUCAAAUCAAAGAUGUAUGCCCCUGUUGUGUUGCAUGCACUGUGAGAAAAACGUAGUCCCUGUUUGCUAAGUGUAGCUUAAUAUCCGCGCAAACAAAACGAUCCCCAGCAAACAUUUGGCUUCUAUUCUCCCACCCCCACCACCACCACCCUGAGCCAUAUCCAACUGAGGUCAGCGUUUGGCUUAUAUUUCAAACAAGCUAGCAGCAGAUGAGUAAGAAAUAGAUGCUGCAAACUGAAUAAACAGAGUAAGUAAAACCAUUGCAUUUUAUUGUUGGAUUAAUCGCUGUUGCUCCAGAGGAUUUAGAAGUUCCUGUCUCUUUGCAUCCUUAUUUUUAAUUUGCUUUAAUAAAAUUCAAUCUAGGUACUUUACAAAAAAAAAUCUUGUGGUGACCUGGAUUUUUGGUUUUUGCCCCAUGGGUCCUUCUAGCAAUUUGAUAAAUGUUAUGUUUCUGACUGAAUGAAAAUAUUUUCCAUUCUAGGAAAAUGGCUUCAUUCUUUUAUUUAAGGCCUAUAAUUGCCAUUCUGGGUUGCAUAAUACUGUCUCCCAUAGCAGUCAGCUGGGUAUCCAGGCAUUGAUGCCCACCUGUUUUAUUUUUCAGUCUCAACACUGGUAAAAAGGUAAAGGGACCCCUGAUCAUUAGGUCCAGUCAUGGCCGAUUCUGGGGUUGCGGCGCUCAUCUCGCUCUAUAGGCCGAGGGAGCUGACGUUUGUCCGCAGACAGCUUUUCCGGGUCAUGUGGCCAGCAUGACUAAGCUGCUUCUGGCGAACCAGAGCAGCACACGGAAACACUGUUUAUCUUCCUGCCGGAGCGGUACCUAUUUAUCUACUUGCACUUUGACGUGCUUUCAAACUGCUAGGUUGGCAGGAGCAGGGACCGAGCAACGGGAGCUCACCCCGUUGCGGGGAUUCGAACCGCCGACCUUCUGAUCAGCAAGUCCUAGGCUCUGUGGUGCCUGGUACGUGGAGGGAUAUUGCGUCUAAGAAUAGCAGUCCCUUUUUCAGUUAUCAGAGUCACUGUGAUAAAUAUGUAAACUCUCUCUAUAUUUUUCUAAUCCUUCUAAGAAGCCUGUAGUUUAGAUUUCUUACAUCACAUUCUGUAGCGAUGAAUUUCGUAAGGUGAUUAUGUAUAGAAAAACAAAUGGUUCAUCUUGGCAUCUUCUGUGUGUGUGUGUGUACACACUCAUGUGAACACAAACACAUACAUUUGCAGCAGAACUAUUAUUUAUCUGUGGAUCCUUAUGCCGUUAAAACAGCACCAGUCACACCCAAGAGGAAGACACCAGCUCGCUCGAGGGUACCUGGAGAGUUACAGAAGUACAAAAAAAGGGGGUGGGUGGGACAAUCCCUCCAAAUGGCCCAAUGAGAACUGAGAAUGCUUGGUGGCCAUGGAAUGCCAGCUGACUGUUGGAGGGGGAAGAGAAAGGGAAAAUGGAAUGGGCUAUACGGUGAAGGGCAUGGCUGGCUGGACCUCUCAACAGGAACAUUCCAAAGAGCGACAUUUUAUUGCAAGUCCAGCUUGUGUAUAUGGUUUUUCCUAUUUGUUCUAUUUAUUACUGCAUAUGGAGACGCUGUAGAGCAGCAGUUCCUGCACCUCAUGCCUCCAGAUCAGGCUUCCUCAAACUUGGCCCUCCACAUGUUUUUGGCCUACAACUCCCAUGAUCCCUAGCUAGCAGGACCAGUUGUCAGGGAUGAUGGGAAUUGUAGUCUCGAAACAUCUGGAGGGCUGAGUUUGAGGAUGCCUGCUCCAGAUGUUGGACUAAAACUCACAUCAUCCCUGACGGUUGGCCCUGCUGAUGGGAUCUGUAGUCUGACAACAUAUGGAAGGCCCUUAGGGUCUAGACUACUCAGCAGUGGGCACUUGCAGAUCACGGUUGUAUUUUUAAAAUACAAAGUUUAGUCAAAACUGCUGAUUCACCCUCCUUUCUUUUGUUUUUUGUUUUUGCUUUUCGUUUCAGCCACGAAGACUUCGAAUUCAUUUCAGGAACUCGCAUGCGCAAAAUGGCUCAGGAAGGACAAAAUCCUCCUGAAGGCUUCAUGGCCCCCAAAGCAUGGACUGUGCUGAAAGAGUAUUACAAAUCCUUGGAAAAGGCUUAGGCUACUUAUUUGUUGCAGAUCAGCCUUUGACGUUUGAUUUAUUAGCAAGAAGGAGGACCACACAAUCGCCGUUUUGGUGCUGCUUUGUUGUCGUGUCUGUCAGGAAGCAUUUCCUCUAAAAAACACCAGGCCCUUUCUCCUUAACUUAGCAUCGUUUUCUGCUUCUCUUAUGGGUUCCAUUACUUAUUGGCACCUAACAAACUGCUGGUUCUAAUGUCUUCUAUUUUUAUUACAGUUGAUAUUCUUGCAGUAAGUUUUCUAAACCUCGUCUUUCUGAAACAUUAUUAUACCUAUGUGCCCUGCGGUUCUCAGUGCUGCUGAAACUCUUCCCCUCCCUCCUUUCACAUUAUUUAAUGUAUCUCAUGUCUUUUUCUGUGUGGGUAUGUUGCUUUUCAUAGUUUACGGGCUAAAUAUGGCAGUUUGAUUAUACCAGCUAGAUAUAGGUGCUAAAUCGAAUCAAAACGAAAAAGAUUUUUAAAAAGAUACUAACCUUGUACUUUUCAGCCAGUGCUCUUUGAAGUUCUUGUAUGGAAUCUCCAGAAUAGACUACACUGUAUUGCAAAUUAAACUUUCUGUACCAAAUCUGUGAA